GUGACGCGAGCGCGCCGUCGCUGGGACGCGAGAGGCGGGGCCGGGAGGAGACUGGCGAUGGGUCCCGCUGAGGAGGAAGAAGCGGGUCGGAGGCGGCGGCGCUGCUGCUGCUGCUGAGGGCCUUCCCUCCGGGGGAAGCGAGAAGGGACGCCGCGCUGCCCCGACGGGGCCUGGUAGCGGCCCGCGGGUAAGGACAGGCCGGAGCCGCCUCGCAGGCGGGCAGGCCCCGGAGCGCCGCCUCAGCUGCGGCCUCCGGUGGAGGGGAACCGAGGCCCGCGAAGGGGCGCCCCCUCGCCCGCGCCAGGGACCUGCCCCGGAGGCGCCCGCGGGCAGGGGAGGCCGGCCGGCCGGGGCCGCGGAGCGGGGCCUUUCCGGUGGCGGCUCCUCCCGUCCACCAGAGAGUGAGGCGCUCUAGGCCCGCUCUCGCCCCUCAAGGGAGGCCGUGGGGUGGGGGGAAGCGGCCUGCUCGGUGCUCGCGGAGGGUUUCGAGCCCGCAACUUACGCGGGAGGGAGAAGGAGGACGGGGGGUUAGCCCGGCCUGCCUCACAGGGUUGUUGUGGGGACGAAACGGAGAGCAGGGCCGCCUUGGGGGAGAAAGGCGGCAUAAUAUCAGUGCAGGCAAUGAGGUGCUCUCCAAGAGGUCGCGCCUAAAGCCAAACGCUGCGUAUAGUCAAAAUGCACUGGUUUUCUUCCCCUGGGACACCCUCACACCCUUUCCAGUUUCUCAAUAAAGAAUACAGUGGUACCUCAGGUUGCAUACGCUUCAGGUUACAGACUCUGCUAACCCAGAAAUAGUGCUUCAGGUUAAGAACUUUGCUUCAGGAUGAGAACAGAAAUCGUGCUCCGGCGGCAGCAGGAGGCCCCAUUAUCUAAAGUGGUGCUUCAGGUUAAGAACAGUUUCAGGUUAAGAACGGACCUCCGGAACGAAUUAAGUACUUAACCCGAGGUACCACUGUAAUGCACACGAGUUAAGCGAGUGCAAGUUGCAGGGUUACUGUAACCCGAGAGGACUUUGGUAACACGGUGCCCUGAGCAAAGACAGAAUUUGGUUUGUGUCCCCCCUUUCAUUCUGCGCAUGCCCUCAAGUGCCCUAUGUGAUAGUUUUGCCCCCCAUUCGCCCUAAAUGAAUUCCACUCUUUGUUUAGGGAAGCGCCUCUGCACUGCUCUUUCUUAAUUUGUAUGCCAUGUUCUACUAUGUCAAAAGCAGUUUUUUGUUUUUAACUUAAAGAUGGUUUUCGGGUUUUUUGAAUAAAUAAAUGUUAAGUCGCUGGGAUAGUUCUGGGACCCCCAAAAGUAUUAUUAUUUUUUGCAUAAAUAUAUAUUUGUGGGAAAUUUCAUCUGGCCAGAUGCUGUGUAGGUGGCCAUGAAUUUAGCCACAUGCAAUUGGAGUCGCAGCCAGAGAGGUAUUGGGAGUUAUUAAAAACUGGGCAGAAUUAGAAAGAGGAUCUCUAUUUUAAAAAAUUAAAAUUAAAGUGUGCAUUGUCACUUAACUCCACUGUUUAUAGCUUGGAUGAUUUUUGCACAAAUUGACAUAGGUAGAAAGCUAAUGUCUGAAAUAUGGGCUAAUUUAUAAACAUACACUGCUUUUUUCUAAAGCACAUUUGAGACUUAAGUUCAAGUUGGUAGGGACUGUGGUUUUACUUGUUGUAGUGCUUAGGCCAGGGCAAGGGUGAGAAUGUUACAUUCAAUAAAGAGUGGGGCUGUAGUCUUUCUUUUUUGAGGACAAGGAUUAUGGCUCAGUGUUAAGAUAUUUUUCUUGCAUGCAGAAAGUUCCAGGUUCAAUUCCUGACUCCUGCUCCAUCUCUGAAACCCUAGAUAGCUACUGCCCAUAUAUACAAUAUUGAACUAGAUUGAGCAAAUUUCUGACUUGGUAUAAGACAACUUCCUAUGUUCCUUGUGUCUAGAAGUCUUACCCUUAGUAUCAACUGGGACAUGGAGAUCACUGAUUGCCAUGACUCCUUAGGUAAUGCAUAGUGGAGUUUGGGUUCCCAAGAAAACUGGGUUCUGCUGACUCUGAUGCUGGACCUUCUGAAUCCAAGUUCCUACAGGAUCUCCUGUGGUGGACUCUGAGGACUACGAUACCUUCUGAGUGCUUGCACCAUUCCAUCUAAGUCAUUGACACAGUAACAGUUCAGUGAAAUAUCUUGCUCAGAGAUACAUACAUUUCAACUUUGGCCCGUUCUGUUGAGUUAAGUGCAACCUUCUGCCAUGGGAACCCUUUCUGUGGCAAGCUGGUUUAAUGUGUAUGGGAUUGUAUAUGCAGUAGAUAGCAAGCAUUGGAAAGUGACAUGUAUCCCGUUCUGAGGCCCCCUAAGCAGGCGAAGUUUGUGUUCUGCAUUCAGUUUUCUGAAUUGAUAAAGAUAACUCAUGUGGUUUCCUGCUUUAAGAAAUACACUAGUUAAGUGAGCAUUAUAUGAUUGCCCUAUCACUAACCAUCAGACUUUAGGAACUAAUCAGUGCUACAGUUUUUUGGUUUAAGACUGCAAUCUGUCACCCACUCACCUUGGUGUAAGCUUCAUUAUCUUCAUCAGGACAUUUGAGUAAACAUGCAUAAGAUUAUGCUUUUAGUGUUCGAUUUGCUGCUUUUUUGACUGCGACCCUGCUGUCUAAAGGACAAAUACAGGAAUAUCACCUUAAACAAUAUUUUCUGUGGCAAUAACACCUUUUAUUUCUUUUUCUUUCUACAGCUAAGAGGAGAGAGGAGUAGAAGCUGUCAAGAUGAGCAGAAAGCCUCCAAAUCGUCCUGGGAUCACAUUUGAGAUCGGUGCUCGUUUGGAAGCACUUGAUUACCUACAAAAAUGGUAUGGAAGUUGAUGUCAGUGCCUGGUUUAGAUCAGAAAUUAUUUCACACGUGAUGCAUGAUGGAUGUGCCUUGAACUUCUGUUUUCAUUUAUAUGCAUUUUCAUUCCUUGUUCAUAAACUAACUUAAAAUAUGGUCACUUCUUCCAAAAAGAGUUAUUAAGGUACCGGGACAAUUUGUGAAAAGAACUUGUUCAGAAAAUAGUUCUUAGCACUAAAAUAAGCCACAGGUUUACAUAUUGGUUGAUUGUUUUAAAGUGCAUUGGUGGAUUCUGGUGUCACAUAAAUGUGUUUUAUCUCUCCUAUAAGAGAUUCCUUACUAGCAAUUCAGCAAAUAACACUUUGAUACCCUGACACUAGAUAAUAGGCAAUAUUGAUGGAUAUAGGACAAUGAGAUUUGAUAGGGUUGUAUCUGGAAUCAUUAACUUGGUAGAGUGAAGUUAUUAGAGUUGCGCUGAAGGUGACAUGUUAGAAGAUUUGAAGCUGCCCUUGAAGAUCACUCGGAAAUUACAGCUGGUGAAUAAUAAUGCUGUCUGUCUCCUAAUGAAAUAUGGGAGAUGAGUGGUUGUUCAGCCUGAGCUGUACCAGUUGCACUGGCUUUCUGCUGCUUUCCUAGCCCAAUUUGUAGUCCUGGUUUUAACUCUUAAAACUAGACAGCCCGAGGCUCACAACCCAGAUAUUUUGUUUCUCUGUGCCAUCUGCAGUCUUCAGAUCAGGUUCUACUUCAGUGUAUUGGUUGAGGUCAACCACAGUGAUUGCCCUGAGACUUUGGAAUGUGUCCUCAACCCAUGACAAAUUUCCUUCAACAAGGGGGUUGUUUCUUUAUUUUUUAGAUACUUUUAACAUAGCUUCUCAUUACAUUGUUGAGGCAGUGUACAAAAAACCCCACAUUAAUUAAAAAACACAGUAAAACACACUAUAAAAUAGCUGUGGCUGUAAAUUGGCAGAAAUUAAAUAGAUCAGAUAUUGGAACUAAGCAGCAGGAAAGGUCUGGGUUGCAGGAAUUUUCUUAUUUGUAUAGUAUAAAGGAUUUGUUGAUUUUCAUAGGAUUGAGUAUGGAAACAGGUCUUUAAUAAAAUCUACUUACAUAUAUGUUGGAUAUUAGCCCUUUAGAUGUUUUCUUCAGGGUUACAUUAACAUCAAAGGGGGGGGGUGCAGUCGGGGAAAUAAGCAUGGUAGGUCUGCCCCAUCAGUGUUUCCAGUGUUCUAAUAUAUGUGGGGAUUAGUGGGAAGCUAUCUCCCUGCUUCAGAGCUUCACCCUCCCAAGUAAGAGGGCAGUGGGGGACAGCUGGUGUGCUCCCUUUCUUAGCAGAUUGGCUCUGUUGAACGAUGCCCGAAGAGGGCUAUUUUGGUUUUUCAUAAACCGUUAAUGAUGUGCAUCCCUUGGACUGCCGUAUUCUUGGGAGGCCCAAGUCACUUGGAUGAUGCCUCGUCUUUUCUCCUCUUCCUACCCACAAGGUUGAAGCUCAGUGGUACAGCACCUUCCAGGUUCCAGGUUCAAUCCCUGGCAUUUCCAGAAAGGGCUGGGAGAGACUCCUCUCUGAAACCCUGGAAAUUUAGUCCCAAUCACCAAGGAUAAUACCGGGCUAGAUAGAGUAGUGGCCUGGCUUUUUAUAAGGCAAAUUCCUGUUCUCCAUCUCCCCGUGUGACUUUAGAAGUAACCACAUUAUGUUAAUUAUCUUUAGUAAUAUAGUGAAUCAGGAGCGACAGUUUUAUAGAAAGUGUCAUAAAAACCUAUGGAUAAUUGCAGCCACUUGCAUCACAAGGUAAAGUGGUAAAGAAAAUAUAUGUGAUCUCUGGAACGUCCCUUGGAUUACUUCAGAAUUAAGCUGCAAUAUCACUGUGUUCUCUAUCAGAAAAUUAUUGAGAUGCAUUUAAUUCCCUGACAUAGAGCGAAGUGACUUUUGUGGGGAGUAAGAACAUAAUGCUUUGAAGUGACACAUGUAAGAGAUAUAUGAAAUAAAGUUGGUUCAUGAGAGUUUACCUUUAUGAAAUAUGUGGAACUUCUUAAUUAUAGGGUUCUAAUGCAGAAAUAUGCCUGGGCAGGUGCCAUUAGUUGUGGCAUCUCGUAGAUUGACUGCCUUCGCCAGGCAUCUUACCUGUAGCCCAGUUUGCUUUUUUUUUUUUUUUUGCACCAGUUUGAAGCCUUUUAAUUUCCCAGGCACUCAAAGAUGUACUGUGGUUGUUUUAUGGUUUCUGAUGGAUUACAUUGAUUGUAGUUGAUGCUUUUGCGUUUCAUAUUGAUUUUAUUGUAUGUCUCUUAGUUUUUGCUGUUCUAAAAAGUACAUGGAGCUGCGAGUUUUAUGCCAAUUGGUGUAUUAUAAAUUUACUAAAUAACUAAUUAUGUUGGUGUCUUUACCCUUUUGAAACAAAGUGGGAAUGAUAUCGCUUCCUGAACAGUUUACCCCCUUGCCUUUAGUAAUUUCUGCCAUUGCAUUGAGAAACAAGUAGCAUACUACAUAUUUGCUUAUUCUUUGCAGAGAGCUACCAUAGACCUCUAGAUACUCAAGAUUCAAUUUUGUGAUGAUUAAUACACAGCUCAUAGUUGACAUGGCAUGUUGACCAUGAGGGAUUUGUUUAUAGAGUUUUGUACCUCAGCUGGCAAGUUCUGAACCACAUCAGGCCCUUCCAAAUUCUUUAAAUGCCCUGCAAAGGCUCUGCUUUCCCCUCCCAUUUGCACCUUUCUAUGCUUUUCUAAACUACAGAGCCCAGGGCUUGCCGAUCAGAAGGUCAGCGGUUCGAAUCCCCACGACGGGGUGAGCUCCCAUUGUUCGGUCUCAGCUCCUGCCCACCUAGCAGUUCGAAAGCACGUCAAAGUGCAAGUAGAUAGAUAGGUACCACUCUGGCGGGAAGGUAAAUAGCGUUUCCAUGCGCUGCUCUGGUUCGCCAGAAGCAGCUUAGUCAUGCUGGCCACAUGACCCAGAAAACUGUCUGCGGUCAAACACCAGCUCCCUCAGCCAGUAAAGCAAGAUGAGCGCCGCAACCCCAGAGUCGUCCGCGCUGGACCUAACGGUCAGGGGUACCUUUAUGCUUUUCUAGCUUGCCUGCUCACAUCACCAGUCUUGGAUGCUAUGUUUUUCUACUGCAGGUUGUGUCCAUGGCUGUCCACGCAUGAGUGGAAAGGAUGUCUGCUCAUGCAACAGAACUUCACCUUCCUCUCCUUUCCCCUGCAUACCUCCACACAUCCUUAAAAUUACUUUGGAGAGUUGAGGGAGAUCCUCAGGGUUAGAUUUUGGAGGCAUGUGGAGGACUGCAUGGGGAAGGAGUUCUCCUGCACAACCAGAAGUCCAGCCAUGCAAUAUUGGAUUAUGCCCUGCAUGUGUGGACACUCCAUCUAGGACAUGCCAUCUAGCUCAGUACAUCAGGCUGGAAUGUAGCUGUUAUACUAGGGGUGCCCAAACAAAGGGGGCCAUAUUUGAUGAAGUGAACAUGCGUGAGUGCCAUUGAGCUUUUUUUAGGAUUUUACCCCAGGACAUAUACUGUCACGGGGGCCGGAUUAGGCCCCUGAAAUGGACUUUGGACAUGCCUGUGUUACACAGUUAAUUUGAAGUGUUUCUGUAGAGUAGAGGGUUAUUGUGUUGAAGAUCCUAAUAAAAGUAAAUCUGUUGGACACAAGCACUUUUCGAUAGGAAAGGACCCAUGACCAUAAAUAAUUUUGGAUAGAUUUCUCAUACACUUUCCUGACAAAGGAUCUUCUAGGGACAGUUAAUUUUCCCUUGCUGUGCAUAUUUUACUGUUCUAAUUUUAUGCUUUAGGCUGUGAUUGGUGUCAUUUUUAAAUUCUUAGCCAGAUGGAAGUUUCUACCUUUUUCUCUUGGUGUAUCAUCACACAAGUACUCCCCCAUCCUCUAUAGUCCAUUUCAGGAAGAUUUGUUCCAUUGUUACGCUACAGCUUGUGUAAAACCAAAAAGGGUGUGUGUGUCACGAAAUGUUGGGUUUGAAUUUACUUUGCUAUGAAAUUAAAACUGUUAAGCCCAGUGUUGGACUUGCGAUUCUUAGACUAGGAGCCAGUUAUUUUUGGUGUCUCUUUUAUCUUUACAGUUUGUUUUUCUUUGAUUAUAAUCCACAUAGCACAUUUUGUUUAAAAAGGAAACAUUAACGUAAAACAAUUCAGUUAAAAUAAACCCUUUCUUAUUUACUAAGGUUGCUAUCCUAACCUCACUUAUCUGGAAGUAGAUCCCAGUGAAUUCAGUAGGACUUUUGUUUUGUUUUUUUGAAAAUAUUUUUUUAUUAACAGGCCAAUCAAAUCACAUUAAUUCCAAAUCACAUUAGUUCCAAAUUAUACAGCCAGAUUUUUAAUUUUUUUUUAUUGGGGGUACCCGUACUUCGAGCUCCGAAAGGGAUCCAAACAUCACUCUUGUUGCUGCUUUAAUUGCACAGUUCUGUCCAAUUCUGUCCAGAUAGUCUCUUUGUUAUUUUCCUCAUCUUCUUGUUGUUAUCAUAUAUUCCUUUCUUUGUGAUCUCUGAUAAUCUUCACAAGCAGGUUGAAAACAAACAUAUCCUGUGUGGAUUUUACACUCUCCAAGAGCCAUAUCACAUAAAGGACAGACGCCAUUUCCACACCUCCACAAAGAAUAUUCCCACAGUAUGUCCGUUGAUUUUCACAGGCCUGCGAAACUGUAUCUCAGGGGGCCCUGCCAGGUCAAAUCCACAUUCCGAUAACCAUACAUUCAUAUUCCGAUGACCAUGGUCCUCCUCCCCUGUCUUAACAAAUCUCCAUUUGAAACUGCGUCACAAAGCUUUCUUUCCAUCAGACGUUCCCACCAGUCCUCUCUUUGAUCAGUAAUUUAUUUCCACACAGUUCUUAAUCUCCAGUAGGACUUACUUUUGAGUAGGUAUGGUUAAUACUGUGCUGUUAAUAUCUUGAAUAGAUAUCUACAUAUUGCUUCCCGGGGGGGGGGGGUCUGUUUUUCUCACAUAUCAGGUGAAUGAAAACUCCUAUGCCCAAAGCAUCUUGCAUGCUUUUGUUUUCUCAAAAUUUAUUUACUAUUUUAUUUGCUGUUUUAUUUAUUUACUACUACUACCUAUAGGUUGAUUUUAUUUUUAUACUGAAGCAUCAGCUAAACUUAGUUAUGUAGGUCGAGUGAUUCAGUCAACACCAUCAGAUUCUCUGGAGGUAUAAGCCUCAUUUACAUCCCUACACUUUCUGUUCUUGGAAACAAUUUGUGGAAACAGUACAGUGGAACCUCUACUCACGUACGGAAUCUGUUCCCAAGGUCCGUUCGUGAGUCGAUCCAUACUGUGAUUAAAACCAGGAGCCUUCCCACACCCGCAGAAAGAGGCGGUUAUUAAACCGCUUCUUAAAAAAACAUAUUUGGACCUGGUCAAUAUGGCCAGCUAUCAACCACUCUCAAAUCUUCCAUCCCUGCGCAAGGUGACUGAGCGGGUGGUCGUUGAACAACUCCUGGCAUGCCUGGAGGAUGCGGACCAUUUGGAUCCCUUCUAGUCGGGAUUCAGGCCUCAUCUUGGGACUGAAAUUGCCUUGGUCGUCGUGGUUGAUGAUAUCUGGCGGGUUAGGGACAGAGGUGUAAACUGUUUCCCAGUUCUGCUGGAUCUCUCAGCGGCCUUUGAUACCAUCAAGCAUGACAUCCUUUUGAACUGUCUAGAGGAGCUGGGAGCACUGUUAUGCAGUGUCCAGAAAGUGGUGUUGGGAGAUGAGUGUUCGGACCCCAGGGCUCUCACUUGUGGGGUGCCUUAGGGCUCCGUCCUCUCCCCCAUGCCAACAUGAAGCUGCUGGGAGAGAUCAUUAAGGGGUUUGGGCUGGGUGUCCACCAGUAAAGCUCUACCUUUCCUUCAAAUCAGAACCAGUGAGGGCACUAAAGGUCUUUUGUGAGUGUCUGGAGGCAGUUGGCAGAUGGAUGGCGGGUAACAGAUUGAGGUUGAAUCCUGACAAGACAGAAGUACUGUUCUUGAGGGACAGGGGGCGGGUGGGUGUUGGGGACUCCCUGGUCCCGAACGGGGUAACCAUGCUGCUGAAGAACCAGGUGCACAGCUGUCGAUAGAGGCGCAGGUCAAUUCUGUGUUCAGGGCAGCUGUCUGCCAGCUCCAUCUGGUACCCUACCUGCCCGCAGACUGUUUUGCCAGAGUGGUGCAUGCCCUGGUUAUCUCCUGCUUGGACUGCUGUAAUGUGCUCUACGAGGGGCUACCUUUGAAGGUGACUUGGAAACUACAACUAACCCACAAUGCAGCAGUUAGAUUGGUGACUGGGAGUGGCUGCCGGGACCAUAUAACACCGGUCCUAAAGGAUCUUCACUGGUUCCCAGUACAUUUCUAAGCACAAUUCAAAGUGUUGGUGCUGACCUUUAAAUCCCUAAAUGGCCUUGGCCCAAUAUACCUGAAGGAGCAUCUCCACCCCCAUCACUCAGCCUGGACACUGAGGUCGUCCUCCAAGGGUCGUCUGCUGGUUACCUCACUGCGAAAAGCGAAAUUACAGAGGGGCUUCUCAGUAGUGGCGCCCUCCCUGUGGAACGGCUUCCCUUCAGAUGUCAAGGAAAUAAACAAAUAUCUGACUUUUAGAAGACAUCUGAAGGCAGCCCUGUUUAGGGAAGUUUUUAAGGAUUGGUGUUUUUAUUAUAUCUUUAGAUAUGUUGUAAGCUGCCCAGAGUGGGGAAACCCAGCCAGUUGGGCAGGGUAUAAAUAAAUUAUUAUUAUUAUUAUUAAGGAGAAGCACAUCCUUAAUGCAGUGCUACCCCAAACUCCAGCUAUUAGCUCACUCUUGAUGACAGAAAGACAGGGUGCAGCAAGGCUCAUAGAGUACAUGCAUAUAUAAAGUUGUUGAUGAAAUGGAUGGGACACCGUUGAUACAUGAAAGCCCUGCCCUGUCUUUGGGAAUACAGUGGUGCCUCGCAAGACGAAAUUAAUCCGUUCCGCGAGUGUCUUCGUCUAGCGGUUUUUUUGUCUUGCGAAGCAACCCUAUUAGCGGCUUAACGGAUUAGCGCUAUUAGCGGUUUAGCGGCUAUUAAAGGCUUAUCGGCUUAGCGGAUUAGCUGCUAAAAGGCUAUUAAAGGCUUAGCGGCUUAGAUAAAGGGGGGGGGAAGCGAAAAAAAAAUCUCAAGACUCGCAAGACAUUUUCGUCUUGCGAAGCAAGCCCAUAGGGAAAUUCGUCCUGCGAAGCAACUCAAAAACGGAAAACCCUUUCGUCUAGCGGGUUUUCCGUCUUGCGAGGCAUUCGUCUUGCGGGGCACCACUGUAAGUGAAGGACAAGGGGAAAGGUAACAUAAUUCUGGAUUCUCACUGUGUCCCAAAAUGUUGUUGAACUACAGCUCCUGUUAGCCCAGCCAGCCUGACCAUUGGUCUAGAACAGGGGUCAGCAAAGAUUUUGUGGCUUCGGCUGGUUCACGGUCCCGCAGACGCCACGGUGGGCCAGAGUGUGUGUGCGCGCAUGCACUCAUGCGCAAACACUAUUUCCAGCACUCCUGGCACGGAGGAGGUGUGCACAGCUUCCCAUUGGAUGCAGGAGCUUCCUGCAACCAAUGGGAAGCCAGCCAGUGUCGCAGAAGGCGUUCCCCACUUUGCUCCGUGCCGGUGUAGCUGCGUGUGGCCCAUGAGCCUUAGGUUGCUGACCCCUGGUCUAGAAUGACUUAUAGUCCAACAGGCUCUGGAGGGCAUCACAUUAUUUACUUCUGUUCUACAUAAUUCCUGUGAAGAAGUGUUAUUAGACCCAAUAUUAUUUAUUUAUUUACUUGGAUAUUCAUAAACCACAUGUUUGAAAGAAAUUCCCCAAGCCAUGUAUCUGUGCCCACUCAUCCAUUGAAUAUGUUAACAAGAUGAGUGAAAAAACAGCCCCUUCGGAUGCACAGGUGGAGCUAUGUGUAGGAUAUAGUUGGUUUGUUAAGUAUUUUUAGGCGGGGGGGGGGGGGGGAUUUUCAAGAUAAAUAUAUUCUCAAGAUAUUCCAGCAGCUGACUGGCAGUAUGGAGGGUGGUUGUUGGAGUGUGUUUUUUUUUUAGUUUAAAUGAAUGAGGUCUAGUAAGAUUGAUUGGCAUUUGUACAAGGAUCAGGGAGUUACUGAAGUCUAUGCCAUGUUAGGGAAUUGGGAUGGCUGGAUGUUGAGGCAGGGUGUGCUUGUUAUCUAAUAUAUUUGUUUACCUGAUUCCUGGAUCUCUAAAUUGUGAUAAGUUAGGACGCAGUUUGGUUGUAACUUUUUCUGGCCAAGAUUGUUGUAGUGCUUAGUUACCCCACCUGUAAAAGGGAUAAAAUGAUUUAUGCACUAGAAGGGUGGUUAUCUGAAUAAAUAACUGUUAAAGGAAGAUAGUAAAUAAAUAAUUGGCUUACUGUAAAAUUUAAGAGGUCACAACUGAAAUGUUCUGUAGUGCAAAGUCUUGUAUGCUAUCUUACAUAAGGAUAGGCUUAUACAGUAGCUACUCACCUGAUUGCUUAUGGUUUGUAAGAUUCAGCACAGAGUAGCCAGGAAGAUAAACUUAAUUCAUUUCCCUCCAUUUGCAAGCCACAUAGAGUUAACAUUAGGGUGUGUUGGCACAUUGACAAAUCCUGGCAUACAACUUCAUCUUUACAAAGUGACAUCUUAGUUGCUUUGUCUUUUCUCAUCCUUGCUAAUUUGAUAGCUCAGAAGAAUCCUAACUACACCAUGCAUACAUCUCAAUAGGCAACCUAAAAUGCUGGGGUGGGGGUAGUUAGGGAAGGAAGUCUGAGUAACAUCAAGAGGCUGAACCUUUUCACCUCUCCUCUCCCACUCAUCUGCCAUGGAGCCUGAUAUUCUGUUGCCUUGAAAGGGUGUUGGGAGAGAGACGAAGGAAUAUUAAGGGGCUAUGCACGUUGUAGUUUGAAGGAAGACCGGUGGUUUGAAGGAAGCCCCCUCCCCCCUUGAUAUAGCCUCCUUAGUGAAAUAAAUUUGUAUAUGAUCUUGUUUGUGCUGUAUUUUAGUUCUGUAUUACACCACAGCCCUGAACAUGUUUACUCAGAAAAAAGCCCCGUACACUUCAGUGGGACUUACUCCCUGGUCAGUGCGUAUGGGAUUGAUUCCAUAGGGUUUUCUCUGUCUCCUGAUUAGUUUUCAUCUGAUACAUAUAUUUAUAUUUUAUUCUUGUUUUAGCUUGAGAUUUCUUGAUAGUAUGUGUUUAAUUAAUUACCAUGUUUUUCUGGCUGCUGCUGCUGAUAAAUAGUUAUAUUUGUAAUUGUUGGUUACGAUUUGAAUUGCAUUGUCUGUAUUGUUUAUUGCUGCUGAUAUUCAGUAUGUUGUAAACCACUUUGGGCAAUAUCUUGUGGAACAGUAGCAGACACAUUUCACACACAUCUGUAAGACAUUCUUACUAACAAAAAGUAAAGGUUUGCACUCACUGCCUUUGAUGUCAGUACUAUGGUGCAUCAGAUGUUACAGGUAUAAAAGAUUUCCUUUAGGAACUUUAGACCUGACAUACAUGAUGAAUAUGGAAGGAAAUUACCCAAAUAUAUGUAUGUGUCAAGACAUAAUUGAGAAACACCUUUUUAUUGUCAGGGAUGUUCUGCUUCAGGGUUUUUUUUGCACCUGUGAUUAAAAUUUUUCAGAAAAUAGUAUCUUAAGAAAUGCUUUAUGGAAAUAUUAGCACAUCUUUGUGUAAUUCUAAAAGUUUGCAUAGGCAAAAAAGUAGAAUUUUCAUAAUUCCCUAAGAUACACAGGGCUGGUUCACACGUCCAUGUUCAUCUGCUAACUAGCAGCUAAAAGUUUGAACCCACUCCAUUGAAAAAUACUGCUAUAAAACCAUUGAACCACAUAUUUUUACUUAAAAUGUUAAUGCUUUCUAGACAGCAUGAUUGUUUAGCAAGGUUGAUCUUCCACAGUAUUAUUGCAACAUUUCUGUUUCCAUCUAUUGCCAAGCGUGUUUGUUUUUUUAACGGCUUCCUAUGCUGUGACUCAUUUUUGAUGUACAUACAUGCAGCUUAUUAAGCUGAAAUGUAAAUGAACUUUCUACCCUGCACUCUUGUUUUCCUACGUCACCUUCCAUCCUCCUUUCUUAGUGCACUGUAUACCUAAUUGGGUAAAUUAAGCUUAGUUUUCUGUUAUGUCUGAACUGGUAAACCAUGGCUACUAGCUUUUGACAAAUCAGGGUCUGAAAUCAGAGUUUGGAAUGGGUUUUAGGGCCAGGUUCUGAACCUGGUAACUAUAUUUUCCCAGUUCUCAUGUAAUGGGAAACUACCUAAGAACAGCCCUGUUGGAUCAUAUUUAAGACCCAUUUAGUUCAUCAUCCUGUUCUCACAGUGGCCAGCCAGAUAUCUAUCAGAAGCCCUUAAUCAGACACUGAGUAUAACUGCACUCUUCCAGCUAAUGAUUCCCACCAACAGUUGCCUGUACAGAGGCAUACUGCCUCUGUCUGUGGAGGUACCACAUAACCAUCACGGCUAGCCACCAUUAUGCUUAAUUGAAGUACAGUCGUACCUUGGUUGAUGAAUUCCUUGCAAGUCGAACGUAUUGGCUCCCAAAUGCCACAAACCCGGAAGUGAGUGUUCCGGUUUAUGAACAUUCUUUGGAACCCGAAUGUCCGAUGGGACUUCCGCGGCUUCCGAUUGGCUGCAGGAGGUUCCUGCAGCCAAUCGGAAGCCGUGCCUUGGUUUCUGAAUGUUUUGGAAUUUGAACAGACUUCUGGAAUGGAUUCCAUUCGACUUCCGAAGUACAACUGUAUUCAUUUACAGUGAGUGAGGGCAGAGUGGAAAGAUCCAUUGAUAUGGCUUAAUAACGCCACUGAACCAUUGUAGCAUUUUCCCGCUGUUAGCACUGUAUUGUGAAUAUCUGAUUCAAGCCAUGGCCAUAUUUAUGAGACUACGGCUAUAGUCCUAACCCCACUUACCUGAGAGCAAGUCCCAUUGAAUAAAAUAGGACUGACUUCUGAGUAGACAUGGUUAGGAUUGUGCUUUGUAUGGGCUGCACAUAUUUAGCUAUUGCAGUCAUCAGUGUUACAGCUACUCUGGCUGUGUUCUUGCUUUAUUUAGUUGGAUAGUUCUUUGGGGUGGAGAAAUAAAAGAGAUAGGGCUAGGCUGUAUUUGUCCUGCGACCAUUUAUAGAGCUAACCCAAACAGCUAACUAGUGUACAUUUCUACCUGUAAUUUCAAAAACUUUCUGGUUGUACAAAAAUAUUCUGAAUAUUUAUGCUGUCAGUAGUAUUUGUGUUGGGUGCAUUUGAUGGGGGUGCAACGGGCUGUGUAGAUCCGGGAUGUAUGAUGCCUUCCAUUUUGAUUUACUGCAGUUUCAGCCUGAACUCUCUUAACCAUUCAUAUGGAAAAUGAUAUGCACAGCCAAACAGGCCUAUGAGUCUUUAGUACAUUGAAAUACAGAGGUUAUAGCCUGCCAAAACAGCAUCUUUUGUUUUGUUUCUUGAAGGUAUCCUUCACGCAUUGAGAAGAUAGACUAUGAAGAGGGGAAGAUGCUUGUCCACUUUGAGCGCUGGAGUCAUCGUUACGAUGAAUGGAUUUAUUGGGACAGCAAUCGGUUGCGACCCCUUGAACGCCCAUCGCUGAGGAAAGAGGGUCUGAAGGAUGAUGAUGAAUUUAUUGUAAGUGUUUAUCUCUCCCCUUAUGAGAAUAUCUUCAUAUGGAAGUCUUGGGUCAUAAUAAUAAACAUGCUUUCAUGGAAAACAGAGAAAUAAGUAGAUCUUCCAUAUAGUUUGUUCAGGUAUUUAAGUUCUCUAUAUGCUAGCAUUGAAUACAUUUGCAGUCAUGUUAACACACUAUUUUCUUAAACCUUUUAAAACAGGAUUUUCAACCCGGAGAAGAGGUUCUAGCUCGUUGGACAGACUGUCGAUAUUACCCUGCAAAGAUUGAAGCAAUUAACAAAGAAGGUAUGUAUAAUUUAACCUACUGGCUUGAACCAAAAAUUUCAUCUGGUCUACUGUUUCCAUUUCCCAUUUCCACAAGUGCUUUGUUUUGUUUUAACUUGAAGUCACUACAUCCAGUAUUCAUUGGCAGACAUUAUUUCCACCCCAGAUAUACAUGCAGCAAUCACACUUAGUCUGAAAAUGGAGUGCAUCUUUGGUUAAUCCUUCCCACCCUUUAUGGAAGGUGACUGUUGUUAGCAGUUGCUGGCCCCAAAUUUGUAAUGAAUUUAAGAACAGAAUCCCAAUAAAAGAAAUAUACUUUCAUCUUUUUACAUGAAUGAAUGUAAAAUCCAGGUAAUUUGUGAUUGCACUCUGCAAAUCUUAUUUGGGUUGCAUGUCUGAAAAGUUCAGGAAUUCACAAUUCUGGAUUUGUCACUGGACUGGUUCAUGCAUAAUGCUAAACCAUGGUUUGCUUAUCCCAAAGACAGUUAAACCAUGGCUUCCUUCUCCCAAAUUUCAUUUCAUUGAUGAUCUUGCCUGUUUAAUGCUGUUGUGGUUUUGGUAAUUGAAAUUUCAUUUCCUGAAAUUUCAUUUCAUUGCUGAUCUUGCCUUUUCAAUGCUGCUGUAGUUUUGGCAUAUGAGGGAUGCGAGUGGCACUGUGGUCUAAACCACUGAGCCUCUUGAGCUUGCUGAUCGGAAGGUCGGCGGUUUAAAUCCCCAUGACAGGGUGAGCUCCCGUUGCUCUGUCCCAGCUUCUGCCAACCUAGCAGUUCAAAAGCAUACCACUGCAAGUAGAUAAAUAGGUACCACUGUGGCAGGAAGGUAAAUGGCAUUUCCAUGCAUUCUAGCUUCCAUCAUGGUGUCCCGUUGCGCCAGAAGCAGUUUAGUCCUUUUGGCCACAUGACCCAGAAAGCUGUCUGUGGACAAACUCCGGCUCCCUUGGCCUGAAAGCGACCCCAUAGUCACCUUUGACUGGACUUAACCAUCCUGGGGUUCUUUACCUUUACCUUUUACCUUUAGUUUUGGUAUAGCACCAUGUGACAUCUCUGAGACGGUGUGCUAAUAUGUAGCUUAAAUUUUACUUCCUUAUCUCCAUAUCAUUCUUUUUCUAGGAACCUUUACUGUACAGUUUUACGAUGGAGUGAUUCGGUGUCUUAAACGAAUGCAUAUAAAAUCUAUGCCAGAAGAUGCCAAAGGUCAGGUAAGUGAACAUCCGUGUUAGAUUAUCACUACUUAUUAUUUAUUCAUAUACUGCUUAAUUGCCAAAGCAGAUUCUAAGCGGUAUAAAUCCAAUUGUGGAAAAUAUAAAUCACACCCCUUCACUCUUGAUUCAUCUAUCCAGCGUGAUCAGACCCUUCAGAUUCUGUAUUUCCAGUUACUUGUUUGCCAUUCACAGAUGGAAAGUGAGGAAACUAUGUUAUCCCACUAACCAACUAUUAACCACUCUGGUUGAAGUCUGCAAGGUGGUCAACAUCAGACAAUCCUUAGAAUUUAGCAUUUUGAUUAAAAGGGUUCUUUCCUUGCUUGGCAUUGUGUGCCUUAACAAAAAGUGCCUAGUUUUCAUGUGGAAGGCCAUUGUUUCUUGGUAGGCAAUUUUUGGCAUUUGGUUCUCCUGGCAUUUUCAGCAGGCAGAUGGUUCUCACACAUAGCUUUCACAUGGGGAGAAAAUCUCUGCCAUGGUUCUACCUAGAAUUCUUUAUCUAGAAGAGUCAAGGAAGGAGCAUAAGCCUUCCAGCUUGCCACCUUUGCUUGGAGAUUGCUAGGGAAUACUAAUCCUGAAGAGGAUCUGAUUUGUUGCUUGGUUUAGAAGUGGGCAUGACAUUGGUCUGCAGAUACAGUAUCCACACAAUAUAUUUCUCCUUCUUUGCUGUCCUUGGAUUUCCGCUGCCUGUCAUGGUAGAUGUGGACACUAGGAUAUGUUCUAGUUGUGGUUAUUGAAGUUUUGCUUACCUAUGUAGAACUACAGUUUGCCAAGCACUGCCAGCACCAGAAGGUCUACAGAGGCAUUCAAAAGUACAACAAGGUUUAGAUUAGCUGUAGCCCACUGGUAUAGAGCAGUCCCUUUUCUUUCCCUGUCAUGCCCAGUUAAAAGAUCAUAACUGUGCAGGUAAUGAAAGACCUCUGUUUGAGACCUGUAAGAGCAGCUGCCAAUCAGAGUAAAUAAAAAAUGUGCCAGAUAGAUCAAUGACAUGACUUGAUAUGAGGCAGCUUUUUAUCUUCAUAUCUAGGUUUUGAACUUGUGCAUUGCACUAAGAAUGAACUGGGUUGUUGUUUUUUAAUGUGGGCCUUCAAGACACUCUGGAAUAUUUCCCCAGGAAAGUGGAAAUUUUGCCUGCUCAGUUGCAUAGCUACAGCAGUAGAUACACAACAUCCAAGUAGACGUUGCUUGGAAAAUAAGGACCAAUCUUCCUUGGGAAGGGUAGAGAGAAUGAUUCAGAGUUUGCAUUCUGGGGUUUUUAAUUUUUAUUAUUGUUUAGUAUUUUCUUGGUAGCAUUUUUAAGAUGAGCAAAGCUAGAUUCAUUUUGUUUCUGAAGCACAAUUUCACUUUGUCUAAAACGAACUAUUGGGCUGAGCUUUCCAAUAAAAUAUGUAAUAAAAUAAAUAUGUAAUAAAAUUUGUAACAAGCAGAAAGUUAAACACCGUUCGUCCUCGCCCAUUUUUUGAGUAAAGCUGACUUUUUGCUCUGAUGUGAUUAAUGGAAUGAUGUCCACGCAGCCAAACUGCAAACCUAAAGUGGGCAAAGAAGGAAUUUCCAGGUGUCUUUCAGAUACAGUGUUUUUUAAUGCAUGCUAAAAAAAAAAGGGAGAAAGCUAGAGGGUUUGUACCUCUCACCUAUGCUUUCUCUGCAGAAUGGGGUCCCUUCUUAAGCGUAACAGCACAGGAUUGUCAAAUGGUUGCCAGCAGUCCUGAUGCAGGGACUUCCGUUUCAUCAGGAUUGGCUUGACUUUAAAAUCUUAGCAUAGAAUGAGUCAUGAUGAUGUGCAGUCUCCCCCAAGUCUUUCUCAUAUGUAAGGAACCACUUACAAGUUCUUUGAGUUAUCCCUUAAGCAAAACUUUAUGGCUAUUUAGAAGUGUGAAGAGUGCCUCUGAGAAAUUUUCUUAACACUUAGCAAAAGUCUCUUGGAUUCUCAGGGCAUUCCUGAUCUGUUUAGUCUGUGGAGAAGCCUUCAAAUUUCAUUUUAGAUGAAAUUUGAGGAGCAACUGUACUGCAUCUCCAUAUUGGGAAUAGUUUAGAUGUUGCCCCCACUAGUCACUCACCCCCUCUUCAGCGGAUGGAUCUCAUCUUAGAUUCCCUGCAGUGAAGCGCUUGAUGUCGGUGUCAGGUUUUGCGUUUUUAGGCUUAUAAUACGGCACUUUCCCACAAAAAGAUUGAAGCUUACUUGGCUUCCAUCCAAAAGUGCCGCUGCUGCUCUGGGAGAAGUUUACCCAAACCAGCGGAACGAAUGGUGACAGAGGAAGCAGCACUGAGCACCCAUUUUGAGGCAGGAUUCUGAAAAUGUUCCUUAGUUCAAACAUCUCUUGAACAUCACGGGAUGUCAAAAUAAUAGGUCCUUGUAUUUCACGUGCAUCUGUGCAAUGUAAUGUUGGCUGCAUUCCUCAGUUGUAGGUUGUGAACCACUGUAUUGGCAAACCGGUGUGGUACAAUUGCAUGGGCCCCCAAUGCGUAACGCAGGAAAAUAGCCACUCUUAGUUUUUGAAAAAUUGGCUGUCGAAGCAUGUGGUCAAAACAAGGCUUUCUGUUCUCGAGAAUGUGCUCCAUCUUAGAUGCACGUGUGAUCUGCACAGUGGUAGAGCCACCGUCAAUAAAAAUGUUGUUUAUGCGUAAUGUGUUAUCAUCAUAGAGCUGUGGGAAAUUUUGAACGUGAAGUAAGCCCAUAUUGUAAAAUAAUUCAGGGCGCAACUAGCCAUAGCAAAAAAAUUAUUGAAGGAGUAGGGCUUUUAAAUGGUUAGGAUGUGGUCCAACAGUGCGAAACCUGUAUAAACGAAAACCAGCAGGAGAAGUUGGACAGAAUUCCUCUCAAAUCAUUUUGUGAUGGAGCAUUUCAGACAGAUAAACACAGCAAAAUUUUGUUUUUGCUAUGUUGUCAAAAAUACUACUUUUCUGUCUACUAUUUUCAACUUGCUGCUUCAUAGCAUUUAGUUGCAAUAUGGAAAUGAAAUGGCAAAUGUACCACCACUAGAUACAUUUGUGUCCAGCAAUAUGUAUGUAUCCAACAGAAAUGGGUUUUUUUGGAGCAAACUUGGUUGGGUGUAGUGUCUGAGCCUUUAAAACUGCAUGCUUAUGCAUUUCAGUAUUCACUUUUAGAUUCCUCACCUAUUUUCUCUCAUUUCAAUCUCAGAAAUUUUCUUGCAUUUGAUUGAGAGCAACUACAUGAGUGAUACAACAAUAUGCAUAUAAAUAUAUAAGCCACCAAUUAACAAAAAUACUAUGCGUUAUUAAAAUUUCUCUCCCUGUGUCACUUAAUGUAGAAGUUGUAAUACCUUGUAUUAAUUUUUCAGAAGAAAACAUUAUUCUUCCACUAGUUUUCUAUCAUUGGGGCACUGUUGAUUUUCUGACUUUGGUUGGCCCCAAACCAUGACUGGUGGGCGCGGCAAAGUGAAUUAACUGCAUAGAUUUUGCAGGUUAUGUUCUUAUUUAGAAAAAGAUUUAAACUGUUGAUUUUGGAGGCAGAUAUUACUGAGGGAGGGAUAUGAGGUAUUAUGAAAGAUGUGUGCACGGGAGUCUUCUGGUGGAGAGACGUUUAUGAUAACUUGUCUCUUUCUGUUUCCAUGUUUGUGUUUUAUCUUCAAUAUAAUUAGGCGCGUGAGUGGCAGCAGAUAGCGCCGGAGCUGAGAUUAGUGACGGAUAACGAUCCACAUGAAGUGAGUUUUGAGGGACUUGAAGGAGAGGGAGGGCUCUUGGCACACAGGAAACAGAAGCUGAGGAGAAGCCAUGAAAACCCGGUUGUGCCAGGACCAGCAGAAGAGGUGACAGUAGGUGGAAAAUGAGAGCUGUCAGAGAGGUGGGGCAGAGCUGUGUAGAUCCUCAGAAGGUGAGAGCGAGCAGUCCAGUGUUGGUUCAGGUGUGCCCAGGAUGGAUGAUGUUUCAGGUAGGCAUAAUGUUUCCAGUGAGAACGAAAGCUUCUUGUAGAGGACACGCAUCUGAAAGGUGACAAUAAGGUAGCUAUCUGUUACUGAUGAAACUGUUGGUGGUGGAAUGUUGCUCUCUGUUUUGCUUUCUCACUUGUAAAGCUGAAAGGUGGUUCUGAAUUGUGCCUCUAGCAAAAUUUGCUUAGACCACCAUGGUGAAGUGAAACAGGCUUGGGCCUGGUCAGUGCCUGGGUGGAGGACCUUGGAUCCGCAUGUAUGCCACCUUGUGCUCCAUAGUGGAAGAAAGGUGGGUUAGGAACGUAAGAAAACGAAAUAAAGUAGUAGCUUUAUCUUAAGACAAAGGAAUUUUGUACAGCCUCUGAGGUUCUGGGUUAGUGUUCAUGGUUUCUUUGCUUUGCUUUCAUAGUUUCCUGAGCUUUGACUCAACGGUAGCAGCUUUCAGAUUUUGCAAACAAUCAAAAUUAUUACAUGUAGCUCUUGGCUAGCUGUUUGGGUCACUGGAGAUGUCUGGGAUGGCGGAGGUAGGAAAGAGAUGCUAAGUGGUUGGAGAAAUAGAUGAUCUGGAGAAGUAGAUGAUCAAUUUUGGGUGGUCAGAUCAUCCAAGCUUUGGAAAUAGCUGUCAGGAAGCUUGCAGGUUUGCACAAUUCUCUACAGAGAUUUGCUCCUCAAAACGUAUCUCCUUCCUUACUUUGUGUGGUUGGUUUCCCAUUCCAACACAGCACACAAACUCAUUGUAACAUUCAAGAGAUGUGUUGUGAAUUCAUGCUGCUUUUUGGCUACUCUGCCAUACAUAAUUUUGUGUGCGUGUGUGCAGAAGGCAAAUAUUUUAAUAUGCAAGCACAUUUCUGCAGAUGCUUGCAUUAUAAAGGUACAGGUGCCAGAGGUCAGGCUUGUGACUCCUUGCAGCUUUUAGAGGGGAAACUCUUUGCCCUGCAUAAUGCAGCUCUUUUAAAAUUCACAGUGGGGGGCAUCUAAAUUAUGAGCAUAUCUGAAUACAUUUAAUUUUGGAGCACAGAUCACUAUCACCCACCAGCUGGAAUUCCUGGCAGUGUUAUAUAAGACAUGACCUUUUUCCCUAGCCAGUGAUAAUGGAGUGGAAAUGUCCCACAAACUUUCCCACCGCUUUGGUUUCAUACAGAAAAUAACCCAUUUCAGAAAACGCAUUGUUUCAUAGGAUUAUGCUGGAGUACUUCUCUACACAAUACGUAGUUAAACAAGGCAAUUCCCUCCCAUGUGAUGAUAACUACCAGCUUAGAUGAAUUUAAAAGGGAAUUAGACAGAUACAUGAAAGAUAAGGCUAGCUAUGUCUACUAGCCAUGACAACCAUGUUUCCUAUACUGCCUCUGAAUACCAGUUUCUAGGAAUCACAAGUGUGCAGCUGCCCUCCGGUCCUGCUUGCAAGCUUCCCAGAGGCUGGCCACAAUGAGAACUGGUUGCUGUACUAGUUGGGCCUUUGAGCUGAUCCAGCAGUGGUCUUGCUGCAACCUUAUCCAUUCAUAACAAUGAAUGGGUCGUAUCCAAACCGAGUUACCGAUUGCAGGUCGCAUUGAAAUCAGUUGGUCAAGUUAGUCAUUAAUUGGCUUGUUCCGUUGAUUUCAGCAGAAGCUAAAUAAAUUAGCCUGGAUUCAACUCAGGGGAUAGAAUACCAGUAAAAAUUGGCAGCCCCAAAGGUGUAAGUAAUGUUUUUCAGGUGGCUGUCAUUGGGAAUAAUGCAUGCAUAUAUAAUGUAAUUGCACAGCUUUUUAGUGCCUUUACAAUUUAAACAGUGUAAAGAAGUGUUUGUAUCGAUUUGCCAUGUCUUAAAAAUAUUUACAAGUUUUCCAGUAGAAAUAACUGGCAAGCUAAGUUGCAAAUUGUUGCAAGCUGAGUUUUUUAAGUAUAAAAUGUAAGCUACCUUAGGUAUGCUUUAUUCCCUCCCCCGCCCCUUCAAAAAACAAAUUACAGUUCAAAUACUUUGGCAAUUUGAAAAACUAUUGAUUUAUCCAGCAUGGAAAAUUAAUGCUUGACAUUUUUUAGUUCAGUUCACAAAAUCAAAGUGAAACCAGAUCUCCCACAAACAAAUUUUAUUUAUUUAUUUUUAAAUUCAGUUCACGUUUGUCCUGAAAAGCUGUGCAAUAGCUUGCCUAUACUCUAAAUAGCCUUAGACUUUGAGAUAAUUUAUGGAUAUAAGAAGCCAAAGUAGUAGUUGAGUAGCCUGUGCCAGUGGACGGUUAUAGGCAGCUUUCCAAUUACACUUAGAUGUAUGCCUAAAUAUGUAAAGUGUGAAUGUGACAAAUGUGUUGCUGUAUAGAUAUAUGUGUCAUGGAGCUAGGAUUGGCUGUAGGUUCCCUGCCUUAGUGACAUAUGUGGGUUUUUGAAAUAACGCUAUGAACAGGUGAGAUAAGGUUUUGGUUCCAUAGCAUCCUGAUGCUUGCAUGCAGAUUUAACAAGCAGGUACUAUCAUGCUCUGGAUUGAUUUUGACAUAAUCCCACAGGAAACGUGGCAGCUUCAAACAGUAUGAUAACUCUUAUCUGAGGGUUAAUUACAGUGAUUUCUUGUAUGCAGAUUCACCAUGAAACCUUAUUGCGGCUGGCCAUGUAGGGAAAUGGUUAUUAGAUGACUUUUAUCAGCCACCAACUCUAAAGAUAGUAUAAUCUAUUUCCUGAUUAAACUUGCUAUUAUAGUGUCUUAACAGUUGUUUCCUUUUCCCAGGUCUUGCAUUUAAAUGUACAUUUUUUUUUUUUUAAAUUUAAAGACAGUGGAGAUGUGAUAAAGCCAAACAUUUGCAGGAAGAGGAUAUGUUAGCAGAUUUUUAAGAAGAAUGGUAGAGAUAUGCUGAGUGUGUGUAGCUCCCAAAUAGGAGUCUAGGAGCAGGUCUCUCAUACAGGUCUUAAAACCUGUAGUUCUAAAUAACACACACAUCCCACCUGCUAGGAAAACUUUUCCCAUCAAGUCGCUUGUUUUCAGUCUUCCUUUCCAUUACUAACCUACCCCUCUUCUCAUCAUUCCAGUAUCAUGCGCCCCAUUCGGAAAAUUGUGUCUCAGGAUGACUGUGUAGCAAAACACUGAAUUGAAAAGAAAUGAAAGAACACUAAUAAAAGCAGAUUUGAAUGCUAUGGUCUCUGCUUAGAGGCAGUUUGCCACUCAAUACCAGUUACUGGAGGGCAACAGCAGGGACGUGCUGUCACUUUCAUGUCCUGCUUGUGAGACAUAUGACAGGCAGCUAUAGGAAACCGGGUAGUCGAUUAGAAGUGGACUGUCAAGUCUGAUUCAGCCUGGCUGCUUUUAUUCAGAGAUAUUUAAUUAAUAGACUUUAGGACCAUAAACAUAAAUGGUAAUUUAGUCUGCCUUCAGUGUCACUCAGAUGGCACCAAAAUACAUAUGCUGCCAUUCUGUAAAAUAGCUCUCAUGUGACACAGCUUUAGUUUGGAGAAUAAGUGUCUGGAAGGCAUGGAAACACUGGCUGUGGUUUGUUUUCCCUGUGGUUUGUUCAGCAAACCUUGGGUGCUCUGUCAGAUAAGCAUACAAGCCACAGCUUAUUUCUUCAAAGCUUGGGAAAGUAGCUUGGCAAGCAUCUUGAGCUGUGGUAAUCAAACAAACUGUGGUUAAGCAACACUGUUAGUAAAGGGUAAAAGGACCCCUGACCAUUAGGUCCAGUCGUGGCCGACUGGGGUUGCGGCGCUCAUCUCGCUUUAUUGGCCGAGGGAGCCAGCGUAUAGCUUCCGGGUCAUGUGGCCAGCAUGACUAAGCUGCUUCUGGCGAACCAGAGCAGCGCACAGAAACGCCGUUUACCUUCCCGCCGGAGCGGUACCUAUUUAUCUACUUGCACUUUGACGUGCUUUUGAACUGCUAGGUGGGCAGGAGCAGGGACCGAGCAGCGGGAGCUCACCCCGUCGUGGGGAUUCGAACCGCCGACCUUCUGAUCGGCAAGUCCUAGGCUCUGUGGUUUAACUCACAGCGCCACCCACGUCCCUAAGCAGCACUGUUAAGUAGUGCCAAACCAUAGCUGAAAACAUGCCCUGGUUUGUGAGCAAACAAAAGCCCAUGACUUCAUGUUGUAUUUUUUUGCCAGAAAUUCAUGAUUUGCUGGAGCUAGGUUCAGAGAUUUAACUAAACCAUGGCUUAACAUUAUGUGUGAAGCAGACUGCUGUCUGCUUUACUUUGCAUCUGAAACUUUCUUUGCAAAGCUGAUCUUGUGAAGGUGGCUGUUGUAAAAUAACGCUCUCUCUUGAUGUGGUGUUGGAGAAAUAACAUGCAGCCAGUCUGUCAGAGAUUGAACUCCAUGUGAAAUAAUCCCACCCAUAAAACUUUUCUUUCUUCAUGCAAGGUGUGUUUGAGCGUUUAGAUUACAUGUACUAUGGGUACAUCCAUGUGCAGGCUACACAUGCUAUGUUUAUCAAACCCUUGAUUCCACCUUUAAAGAUUCUCAGAUCUCUGUGGUGCUUGCAAAACAGCAGGUCAUGGAACAGAGGAGAUGCUAGUUUAUCACUAACUGCUCCAGAUGUUUUCCUUCAAAGAACAGCUUAAAAGCCUGGGGAGAAAUUAAGCCUUCAUGUUGCAGUGGGAUGCAGUAAUCUUGCUUUAAGGGAAAACCUAGCUAAAUUAUCAAAGUAUGUUUCCCUUUUUUGAGCACUAACCUUAGCAAAUCGAGGAGAUAGUUGAGACGAUAGAAUCAUAAGAGAUGUUGUUUCGGUGGGGAAGAAAAAUAGAAUUUAAAUUCUAAAUUUAUUUUUCCACAGAACAUUUUCUUCUUCCUAAAUUCAUUGCUAACAAUAAACAUAUGCCAUUCGCAAAUGCAAUAUUACACAAGUUUGGCAGUUUCAGAACUUACAGCUUUGUUUACAAAAUGUGAGAAAACAUGCCAAAUUAGGAUGUAAGAAAAAUUUCCAAAGCAAGCUGAAUAUUAUCCGACACAAAUUACCCUGAAAUAGGAUUCCCUCCCAGUUUACAGUUUCUUGAAAAUGCACAUCACUGAUACAGAAGGUUCUAGGUUCAUUCUGAAUACUGGUGAUGUGAAUAAUCCCCGGCAGUUUGCAGAGCUGCUGCCAGUCAAAAUCGACGUAGCUAGGCUAGCUGGACACAUAGUCUGACCUAGUAUAAAGCAUCUUUUCUAUGUCCUGGUUUGUACAGUGCCAAAUUUAUAGAUGCUUAAGAAAUACGAUUAACAUCUUUGAGUGCCAGGGAGAAAAACGGCUAAGCUAAACUGGUGUUUUCGGCUUUUAAGAGCUGCUGCCACAAACCUCCCCACCCCACCCCCCAAAAAUUUGCUUCUCUUUUUUUUUUUGCAUGCAUGUGUACAUGCUAUAUGUUACGUAGCAGCCUGUACAAAAUAUGUGAUGAAUAUCUAUUUCCUUUCAGUUUGCAUGGAAAAUGGAAAACUCAGUUGAAUGCUCAAAUCUGUAAAAAUGCAUUUAACAUGAAAAAAGUUCCCUUUCUCCCAAGACCCUUUUAGUCACAGUUGGAUUUCAUUUUGGCCUAGUUCACCCCCUUGUUCUCUCCCUCUUUUCUCCUUUGCUGCGAAAGGACUGGAUCGCUCUGGUCAAAGCUGCGGCGGUGGCCGCUGCCAAAAACAAAGCGGGAGUUAAACCUCGGACCAGCGCGAACAGCAAUAAAGACAAAGAGGAGAGAAAGUGGUUUAAAGUUCCUUCAAAGAAGGAAGAAACGUCAACCUCAGCAAUUGUCCAGGAAGUUCAGAAGAAGGAAGAGCAGCCUACAUCCAGUGAGACACUUGGUACAACUAAAUUUUUAUACAUCCUUCCCCACCCUGCGGCAGAAAAAGUAGACUGUGUGGGUGGGUGUUAGCAAUCUGUCGAUUACCUCCCCAGGUGACUUAGAUUUAUGAAACAGCAACUGCAAGCAGAAGAACUUCCAUGUUUAAAAAAUCAGAUAAAGCUGUCGCACACUUUUGAAUAUUCUUUCAGAAAUCAGUAAAUAAAUCUUCUGGUGUCUUACUGCGCUGCACAAUAUAUUUCUUAAGUUUUUGUGUUUGGGCAAGGUUUUUUGAGAUAUGACCUUACUCUGUGAUUUCAUCUCUUAUAAACACAGGAUUCCCUCUAGUGGACGUCCCAAAGAUUGCCUUUGCACAAGCAGAGAAUGCAUUGGCGCACAAGAGGAAAAAUAACCUAGGCAACUCAUUUCAGGCAAAGAGGGCUCGGCUUAACAAGAUCACUGGUAAGCUCUCCUUUAAGACUUGGCAUUGUGACUGCUUUUGCCUUUGUUUGUUACAAAUAUCCAUACUUCUACUCUAAGGUGCUGCAUUGUGUAAAUGCUCAUGUGCUGUGCUUAUUUUGCAUUGUCGGGGAGCUUUCUAAAUCUUCGAAAAGUGAAUUGUUCAUUGUUCGGUGUUUUUGGAUCAUUCACAUAAGGUGCACUUCAAGUGUGUAUUAGGAGAGAGUGGGGUCAUUUGUAUGACUGUGGCAUUGGUCAUAUUGCCAUGUUGAUUAGCUAUUCUUUAGAUGGAUAAGAACCGACUUGCUGGAUCAGACGCAAAGUGUAUCAAGUCCAGCUUUCUGUCCUCAGUAGCAGCCAGGAUAUGAAAGUGAUGUUUGCCCUCCACAUCCUGUACUAUAGUUAGAAAUAUGUUGAACCAUGGAGGGGAUUCCAUUACUUGGGAGUCCCUAGUCACGUCUGACAUGCCCCCGUUUCCUUCGUCUAAUCCUUACUCUCUGUUAAAUUUCUGGGGACCACGUUUUAAGAAAUGACAGUGAGAAGGGGUUGCUCUCCCUCCAAAUACUCUGACUCUCUUCGACCCAGCCUUAGACCUGACUUUUCAGGCCUUGACUGUGACCAGGAGACCUUUGCAUAAUUAAGAAUAGGGUUUUGUUUUUGCCACCUACAUUCCUUUCUUGACCCUGUGGUGAUCCAUGCCUUAAAGUUGCCUCACACCUGGAUUAUUGUAACAUGCUCUGAGGGGCUCCUGUGUUUGAAAACCGUUUAGAAACUUGAGUUGGUUCAGAAUGUUGCAUCCAGGCUUUCUAUGGGGCUGGGAUAUAGGAGGGUUCAUGUUACCCCAACUUCACUGACUACCAGGUGUUUCCUGCUUGGCAGGGGGUUGGACUCGAUGGGCCUUGUGGUCUCUUCCAACUCUAUGAUUCUAUGAUUCUAUUCAUUUGUGAGCGCAAUCCGAAAUUCUGAUUUUGACCUAUAAAUCCUUAAAUGGCUUGGGAUCAGGUUACUUACCACUUCACUGCUUGUUCAUGUUUGGUUACUGUUUUCAAUAUACACCGCUCAGCUCUCCUUAAGGAGAAAGAACAAGGUAGAAAUUAUUUCAAAUAAACAAUUAGUGCUGUUCCUCACGACUGGAAAUUUCUGUUGAUUAGAAGAAACCUAGGGAAACUUACAAGCAGGCUCAGCUGAAAAGCAUGUUUAAUUGCUUUGGGCUUCUGGCUUGCUUUUCCCCAUCAAAAAGAGGCCAAAAUGUUAUCUUGCCUGCUGGGUCUUCUAAUUCAAGUUGAAAACCACACAAACCCUGUUGCUUUAUAAUAAGAAACUGACUUCAUGGCCAUCCAAAUAUAUUUUGGAAGGCAGCAUAUAAAUGUGCUCUGCUCUCUCUGCUUUUAUUAACCUUAUAUUUUUAAUCAAGGUCAAAGUUUACUUGUAUCAUGCAUAAGUAUGACAGCAUCAAACUGCAAGUCAGCAUUAAAGCUACACUUCCACUAUGUUUUUAUAUAUGCUGGAAGCCGCCCAGAGUGGCUGGGACAACCCAGUCAGAUGGGCAGGGUACAAAUAAUAAAUAAUAAUUGUUAUUAUUACAAACCUUAUAAUUCAACAGAAACUCUGAUUGACUACUGAUUAACAGAUUUUAUGAGCAACAAAGAAAUACGUCAUUAUUCAUCUCGGUUACAGUGGAACCUCGGUUGUCGAAUGCUUUGGAAGCCUAACAAUUCAAAACCUGAAUGCCGACAACCCAGAAGUGAACGCUUCUAUUUUUGAACAAUUUUCGGAAGUUGAAUGGCUUCCUGAGACUUUUUUUUCCUUUUUUUGCUAUUGACUUUGCAGCCAGCCCAUUGAUCCUUGGUUUUCAAAUGUUUUGGUUUUUUUUCUUGUUUUUUUUAAAAUAAUAUUUAUUAUUUUUCCAAAAACACUAAAAAAAAGAAGAAAAAAAGAAAAGAAAAAGAAAAGCAAUACAACACAUCAAAUUAACAAAACAAGACAAAGACAAUAAAAUAACUCAAACAAUUUCAUUAUCCCAUCUUUCAUUCACUUAUUUCCACGACCUCCUCGCACCUCCCUUUUUGUAUUCCACUUCUGUUAAUUAUUUCAGCAAUUUCUUUCCAUCUUCCUCUGUUUUCUGUCCUAUAAUUAUCUUAACUCAUUCUAACCGUAUUUUUCCCUUUAAUACUCUAUUAACCUAUCUGUACUUAAUUCCUUAUAAUAUUUCUACUAAAGCCAUAUAACUUCAUUUCAACGUUUUUCUAACAUUCAUUAAUUUUACAAUAUUUCCGUAGAUAGUCUUUAAACUUUUUCCAAUCUUCUUCCACCGACUCCUCUCCCUGGUCUCGGAUUCUACCAGUCAUUUCCGCCAGUUCCAUGUAGUCCAUCAACUUCAUCUGCCAUUCUUCCCGGGUGGGCAAAUCUUGUGUCUUCCAAUACUUCACGAUGAGUAUCCUUGCUGCUGUUGUUGCGUACAUAAAAAAAGUUCUAUCCUUCUUUGGCACCAAUUGGCCGACCAUGCCCAGGAGAAAGGCCUCUGGUUUCUUCAGGAAGGUAUAUUUAAAUACCUUUUUCAUUUCAUUAUAAAUCAUCUCCCAGAAUGUCUUAAUCCUUGGGCAUGUCCACCAAAGGUGAAAGAAUGUGCCUUCAGUCUCAUUACAUUUCCAACAUUUAUUUUCGGGCAAAUGGUAAAUUUUUGCAAGCUUGACUGGUGUCAUGUACCACCUAUAAAUCAUUUUCAUUAAGUUUUCUCUUAGGGCAUUACAUGCCGUAAAUUUCAUACCUGUGGUCCAUAACUGUUCCCAGUCAGCCAUCAUUAUAUUAUGUCCAACAUCUUGUGCCCAUUUAAUCAUAGCUGAUUUCACCGUUUCAUCCUGAGUGUUCCAUUUCAACAGCAGCUUGUACAUUUUUGACAAAUUCUUAAGGUUUUCAGAUGUUUUGGAAGCCGAAUGGUCUUCCGGAACGGAUUAAGUUCGAAAACCCAAGGUUCCACUGUAUCUCUGUCUCACUGAAUAAAAACAACAGUUUUACCUGUGAUUGACUGUUGCAACAGUUAUAAUUAGAUGCUGCUUACCUGUUACAUCACUGUACAAAGGGCUAUAAAACAAGUGAUGUGAGAAGGGCCUAGUGACAUCUAACAUGCAAAUACAAAUUUGCUUUGGCAAGCGCCCUUCAGGAAUUCAUGUGUGCUUGCUCAUACUUCAGCUGCAGUGCAGUAGCAGUAGCUGUAUAGGGAAGAGAAGACUUUCCUCUGUGGGGCACCAUUUUUUAAAAAAAGAAAGAAACCAGCCUGGGAGGGUUCCUGCAGCCUUAGUCAAACCCAGGUCUUGCUGCUGGAGAACAUACUAAGUCUGAUUUUAGUAAAAUCCUUGAACUCUUAUUCGCGUGUUUGUCAGAAUGCAUGCAGGCUUGAACUGGGUCGAGGGCAUGUGUGCAAGCCCUGACCCCAGUAUCCCAGUGCACAUGGGUUGCACUGAAGAUGUACAGGCAGGCCUGUGUAGGGAAGCUUUUAAUGUUUGAUGCAUUACUGUAUUUUAAUAUUUUGUUGAAAGCCGCCCAGAGUGGCUGGGGAAUUAUAAAUAAUACAUUAUUAUGAUUAUGAUUAUGACUACUCCUCUAUGAGAACAGGGCCUGGGACUAGGUGUGCCACUGGCCUGAUUCAGCAGGCUCUUCUUUGGAGGUCUUUAAACAGAGGCUUGACAACCAUAUGUCAGGAGUGCUCUGAUGGUGUUUCCUGCUUGGCAGGGGGUUGGACUCGAUGGCCCUUGUGGUCUCUUCCAACUCUAUGAUUCUAUGAUUCUUACACUCUUAGACAGGGGUCAGCAAACUUUUUCAGGAGGGGGCCGGUCCACUGCUCCUCAGACCUUGUGGGGGACUGAACUAUAUUUUGAAGGAGGGGAAGGGGAAUUGAUGCAAGAGCACCAUGAGCCCCGGUGACUGUUUUCCUGUGUCUUGCGAGCAGCAGGGGCUGGUGGCUGCGGCGGAGGGAAUAUUAGCGGCGCGCAAAAGAGCUCUGAAGAGGGGCUGGUUAGAAUGGCAGCUGCUCGAGUGCUGCUGCUGCUGCAGGCACCAACAAAGCCCAGCCCCCUUCCUCCUCUAGACAGGGCAGGGAGAAGCCAGGAGGAGGGAGGGAGGAGGUGCCACUUCCACAUGAGGGAGAGGGAAAGUAUGCACCCUGGCGAUCCAUGUGGCGAUUCCUGGACCAUCCGCGGGCCAGAUCCAGAAGGCAGUUGGGCCUGACCUGGCCCGUGAGCCUCAGUUUGCCUACCCGUGUUCUUAGAUGUUCUCACGUCCAGCAGGGGUCCUGGAAAACAAGGCUCCUAAUCACAGGCCACUUCUAAGCUUAUUCAGCUGAAUGUAGUUGGCAUCUCCUUUCAUAUCUUGGCUCUCAACUUCUGAAGCUUGGAGGCAGAGUUGGCAGGUGCAGGGAUGUUGAUGGCAGGGCUUGAGUGAAUGCUCCCUCCUCACUUUGAAGCCUGCAUGCAUUUACCUGAAUAUAGAGAAGGCUUUGAGCACCAAGGGUUCUGUCAAAGCCAAUGUCAGGACAGCUUAAAUCUACCAGUCAGUAAUAAAGCACCAGACUUUGCCGUUUAAACCUUGUGUUUCCAUAAAGCAUGUAGAUGGAGUCUACUCAGAUCCACCCGUAAGAUUAUACUUGUCAUCAAGUUUGCGGAAGUGAAUUCAAAACAAUCCUAUCUCUGUGUUCCUUUUUCUUUUGCAGGGUUGUUGGCAUCCAAAGCCGUCAGCGCUGAUGGUGCUGAAAAAAAGGAAGGCAACAAACAAGCAGCUCCAGUCUUGGAGCAGGUAUGAAAUUGUAGAGUUUGAUUCUUUUGCAAGGGUCCUACUGGAAUGUACCAUGGGAAAUAUCAGGUCCAUGCUGUUAACGUUGCUCUGCCAGACAGAAAGUAAAUAGGGGACUAAAGAAUUAUGUUUACACUUCUGCAUAAAUGGAGUUAAUGAAAGUAAGUCUGCAAUCCUAAGGAUGCAUAGCAUGGAAGCAGGUUCAGAUUUAAGUCUGGGCUUGGCUUCUGUGGUAUGGACUUUUGGAUCAGACAGCUUGAUGUCCCAGAUCGUGGCUACCUUUAUUUUCAUAAGCGAACAUCCCGAGAAUCGAAAGCUCAGAGAUGUCUGUCCCCAGGUACCGUUUCAAUAUAGCUGGAAUUGUGCCCACAAGUGGCUUAGAAGACCCUUGACACAAAUUCAGUUUGUGCUUUUCGACACAGGGUUUUUUUUGGGUUUCUUUUUUACAUCUGCCAGAACUUCUUUUGUAAGAAGUUUCCUUUCUAUUGUAAGAAUUGGUGUUGUAAACUUGUAUGUGUUUUAUGAAACUGUUCAAUGAGCCAUACCUUUUUUUGCUAGGAUGUAUAUUUUUUAAUAAAUACGAGGAAAAAAGAAGACAUUAAAAAUAUCUUAGGGGUCUGGUUUGAGUCCACAUCUAAAGUGGAGGAUGGCCACAUUGUCUCCAGCCUGUUCCACUCAGUUGAGUUUUCUCCGGUCACGCAUUUUGUGCAUGGCUGUGCCUACAAUUAACAAGUCUUGAUAAAUAACCACAGUCGUAGGUGCUGCUUUUAUGCUAUUAGUUGACACAUAGGAAUGACUUCCAGGAAUGAGCCUGUAUCUGAAAAUGUGCUAGAUAUGUUAGUUUAUAGGCAUGUGCACACAGAGAAGGACAAACUAUUCUUCUAAGCCCCUACAUGUUUAUUAAUUCCAUUUCUUCAGAACAUUCACAUGGUCUGCAAUUUGGAUGCAGAAACAGAAGAAUGACUAUCCGUAAGCAGGUAGCCUGCCAUGCCAUGUGUGGUUGCAACCCAGCCUCCUAACUCACGAGUAGGCAUAUUGCUAGGGAGAAUUUCAGUCUCCAGCUUAAAACCAAGCUCUUUCCAGCUUGCAGCUCUUUGAACUGGUUGCUUCCCAGUCAACAGAGCCCAUGUAGCUCACCUAGCCUGCCCGCUCAUUCUGGAAGAGGAGGGCAAUCCUCUAAAGUCACUUUACCUGCAGCACCCCACCCCCCGCAAGUAGAGCUCUGGUCAGUGAUUCCGCCCGGGGUUUAUACACGUGCGCCUUUGCUUGGCCAGAACCCGUAAACUAAAAGCCAUACUGGAGUCACUUACAGACCCAUUGCAUGAUGGAGCCUGUGACUUCCUGUUCUGCUUUGAAGCCUGUGCAUCAAACAGGAAGUGAAGGCGGACAAUUGGUGUUCUGCUCACUUUGGCCACAUAGGCUGCAACCCCACCCACCCAGUUGCUGGCAGCUUCCCUCGUGGAUGGGUGGAGACACCCACAGGAUGACGUCACAGGCGCAUGUGGGUUGUUCCCUGGACUCCUGUUCACCUUCCCAUAAACUACCACGUUCAGCACAUUUCAGGCAAGAAUGAAUCAAGGAAGUGUUUCUGUGUUAGUUAAUUCUGCCCGAAAGGUAGCUAAAGAGAGCCCUAAAUCUAUACACCUUUUUAAUUUAUUCAGAUCAGAGCCUUAAUAUAGUUUUUAAUGUGGAUUUUUGUUGUCUAGUGGGUAGUUUGUUUCUUUUUUCUUUUUUAAAAAGACCCCCCUUUUAAGAAGAGUGCUUUUCGUCUACCACUCCCCCCGCCCACAACAAACCCCAACCCUUUUCUGAAACAUACCUCCAUAUUGCGUUAAAUAAUUGGGUCAAAGGAAGUAACCUAUACAGGCAACUAUAUUUCCUCCCCACUCUUUCCCCUCAUUAAACCUGUGCUGGUUUUGGUAGCACAUUGAUUAUGGUAUGUGCAGCUUUCACUUACUCCCAGUGCAGAUUUCACCAUUGAGCCUGGAUUUAGGAAUUGGGCCAUGGAACCAGAAGUCAAUUUCCCCCUGCCCUUCUGUAACUGGCUUUGGAGCUGUGUGACUCCCAAACUAGAUGAAAAUAGAUCUGAUACUCUCCUUAACUCUGUAUGUUUGAGGGGAAAUGUUUGUGUGUGUGAGAGAGAAAGAGAUCCCACAACUUCUCCCGAUCCCUAAACUAGGGUUCAAUUGUGACUAGGUCUUAACAGCCCUUUUUGAGUCACUGCGGUGUCAAUGCAUUGCCGUAAUGUAUUUUUACUUUUGCUUAAGAGCUGAGAAUGUGUUGCUGUGCGUUGCAGCUUCUUAAGGCAGUACUGCAUGUUUCAAAGAACACACGGCUUCCACUAAAAGUGGCAGGCUUUUAUUGAGUCACCUCCAUAACAUCUAGCCUAGUGGCCUUCAAACUGCUUGCAUCCAGAACUCUUGUUUAGCUCCAGUCUGCAAGAUGGACACAGUUCCAAUUUAUUUUACAGUUCUCGCUCUUUUUCUUUUUUCACUUUCUGUCUCCCUAUCCCUCUGCUUUUUCUACUUUCCACCCCAUCCCUCUUUUCCACUUUGGUUUUUUGUUUAAAAAGCCAAAGUUGUACAAGCAAAAAGUAAUAUGGUGGUGGCACUUAGAGCAUGACUCAUGACCCACCAUUUGAAGGCUUUGCCAUUGCAGCCCUUGUCCUGAUGUUGUGUACUUUCCCUGCAAGAGCAGGGGGGAAAGCACAUUGCAAGUGACAUCAGGACAUGCAGUAAGUGAAAUAGACAUUAUGGACGUUAUGUGUGUUUGUGUUGGCGGUUGUGGGGCGAGACUCAGCAUAGGAAUUAGUAUUUUCCCAGUGGCAGCGUUGUGUUUUUUGUAACAUGUAGUUCCACCCUUACCUUUUUCUUCUCGCGUAUUUAAGGAUAAAGGCUGCAGCCCCCAAAUUGGCUGAUCAAGUAGUUGUAGGCAUCAUAAAAGCAGAGGUGCUGGAAGGCACUCAAAAUGUGAAAACCCAGCCCCUUAAGCCCUCUUCUCCUGCUCACUUCUUCACCACGCCACACCAAAUGCUCCAUGCCCUUACAAAACCUGGAUUUGAUUCUGCAGAGAAACCCACAUAGUCCAAGAACACAGUAUGCAAGAAACAGGGAGGAGGAAGAAGACAGUUAGACAGACUAUUUCUCACCAAAUGUGCCUGGCAACACAUAAUGAAAAAGCAAUCUUUUUUGUGGCAUCCCAAUGAAUCUGCCCCCUAGGAAAUGGUUUGGGGCAUUGCAGCCAGUUUCCUUGCCCCCCCCCCCCAAUUAAAAUAAGUUAUGGAAUGAUUGACAACCUGAUGACUCUUCCACAAACAGGGCAGCACUAACCUUAACUUACCAAGCAGAGCCACCAUUGAAACUAUCUCAGUUUUGCAGACUUUGUUCUGCAGCAACAAAAUAUAGAAUACAUUGUGUAUUUUAAGCUAAACAUGGCUGGUUUUUGUUUCUGUCGGAAGUUUACAAUUACGUAUCUACAGGUUGCUGUCAUCAUUUCAAAUUAACAGCCUAUGAAAUGUGUCUUUGCAAACACUUUGGUUAUGUGGACUCUCUUUUAUAAAUUGUUUAGUUAUUAGCAAAUGUUCUCACGGGAAACCAAACUUGAGCUUUUUGCUUCCCCUACUCAUUCUUUUUUGGUAGGGAAAAUUCUGAAUUUGCACACCUUUUUAAAGUUAGCCACUAGCUCCGUUGAAACAAACGAUGACUGAGGAGUGAAACCUUAGAGGUCUUGGGCAGAUGUAACACUGGCUCCCAGCAAAUAUAUAUAUAUAUAUAUAUAUAUAUAUAUAUAUUUAAAAGGCAUGCAGAUUGGAAGCCAGACAUAUGAGCACCUCAGAGCAAUUCUUCCCACCUAGUAUUAGCCAUGGUUUAAAGUUGCACCAAAAUAAAUGCAAACCACGGUUCCUUUAGAACCCAAGUGACCAUAGUUUUAAGUGGGUUUUCAAACCAUGGUUAUAGGAAACCCCAGUACAUGUUAGUUACGGUCUGCAUCAGUGCAUAUAUGACUCUAAACUAUGGUUAAUUUAGGGAAAGGAAUGGAGGAGGGAGAGCAUUCUUUCCUGAGUCUGGUUCCCAAUUUGUAUUUUGAGCGGAGCCAGCAUUAAUCCGUCUUGGGCCAGAAUGACUUUGCAAUGGCUAAGCUGUCUACAGCGAUAACAUUUAUGGUUAAAUUGUGGCUCAGUUUUUCCCCAAGUGUAAUACAGAGGAGAAUUUCAGGCCAGCAGUCUUAUUAGGCUGCUGAUACCCCCCACUUUUCUGGUUUACAACUGUUUUAACCCUAAACCCUCAGGUUACAUGAAGCAGGUACAGUAGUCUAUUUAACUGUAUUAGGGUUGGGCCAUGUUUUCUUUCCUUUUGAGCAACAACUGCUUAGAUGAACGAGUAACAUUCGUUUAAGGUUUUUUCUAAUGUUUAAUUUUGUCCUUGUUAAGAGGUUAAGCACCUUAUUAGAACAAGUUUUAAAACCUUGUUUUAAAUAAUUUUGUAACUUUGAAAGUAAUGGUUGCUGUAGUGAUGUCUUUCACACAUGUGAAGAUAAACAAUAAAAUCAUUUAUUUACAAGUUACGGCUCUAAUUAAUUUUUGGUAAAUAAGUUUCUCAAUCAGCCUAGAUAUGUUCUGCAAUCCUUCAAAUCCUUGUUGGACGUGAAUAAAUUAUACUCUCAAUGUGCAUGAAUUGCUGGUUCAUUGGUAGCUGGACGGGACAUUUCACACCACCAGGCCCUUAUGUGGUACUUCCAGUGUGGCUUUUUAGUGUCUAGAGCACGAGUGGUGGACAACUUAAGGACUUUAUACUCGUUUGCAGACCCACCCUAUCCUGUCUUUCAUCCGUAAUGCCAAAUGCAACAUUAAUCUUACUGUACUUUUGACAAAUGCCUGUACCCACUUGGGUGGCUGGUUUGCACAUUUAUCUGGUGGCACGGACAGGUCGGGUGCGUGAUUUGAGAAGACUAUAGCAAAAAUGGCUCAGUUUAGAAGUUGUCCACUCCUCUUCUCUUACUCUGAAUGUCCAGAACCACCGGAAGAGAAAGCAGUCAAUACCAAAAUUACAUUACUUGCGUAUACAAAGGUUUGAAAAUUGGAGAACGCUCUUGCAUAUUAGGAGUGUGGCGACUCUUCUUGCGUGGUGUUCAGCUGUGUUUGUUUGCUUUUACCAAAAGUGGUGACACAUAAUCUGAAUUUCUUCUAUGGUUUGAUGAAAGGUUUUACUUGCACAAUGAUCUUGCCUACCAGAUGGAAAAUCAUUUUUAACUCCAUGUGGGAAAGUAGCUACAAACCUAAAAUGCUAGUAUUUGUUAACCAUAGAUAGGUCUGUCUUGACACAAUUAUCCUUUACGUUUAUUGGACAAAAAUACGAUGCAGACAAUCACAUGUUCGAAAAUGCAGUAUGCUUUGACUUUUUCCAAAUUAAUUAGCCUACAACGCUUUCGUUAUGUUUUGUUGUUGUUGUUGGAGAAAGCGGGUGAUAUCCUAAUGCAAAUAAAUGUGGUGACAUUCAGAUUACUUCGGGGGUGGAAAUCCUUAAUCGUUGUUGGUUUUUUAAUAAUAAUAAUAAUAAUAAUAAUUAAUAAUAAAGGGACACUGCCAGACUCUUCAUGUCUUGUUUUAAAAUUGAACUGAAUUUGCAGAGAAUCAGGGACACCGCAACCACACACCUAAUUGUAAGCUGUUGGGGCUGACAACCCCAGAGUCGGCCACAACUGGACCUAAUGGUCAGGGGUCCCUUUACCUUUUUACUUGCUUUCUGGGGGGCGGGGGCGGGUAGUGCUUUGAAGAAUUAGCAGUAAAGUUGCUAUGGUAAUGGUGUCUGCAGAAAUGUGGCGAAAAUUUGGUUUUGUCGAAUGUAUUGGCAUGAUUGAAGAGCUACUGCAUUCAGUUUAUGAGAACUGAAGACAUGUUUACGGCCUCACAUCCUGAUCCAGAGAUCCAUGUGUAGUAGGCUGCAGGUGUAGAUUCCACCCCCCCUUUCUAUAGAGAAUGAGCCCAUCCACGCAUGCAUUGGACUGCAUGUGGGGAUCAGUCUUUCUCUGUUGAAAUGAGGGGGGAAUCGAGAAAAGGAAAUUACAAGGGCAUAUCCUGGUUCCUGCACCUUGAAGCAGUUCACUGGAUUGGGAUGGUGGUCUUUGGCUGAGUCCUUUUUUUGAAGUUUCAGCUUGCUUAUUUCUUAACUUUGUUUAUUGUUAUUAUUAUUAUUUAUUUGUGGGGGGGGAAUGUUCUGAAAAUGUGCUGUUGUUAAGUACUGAAGUUGCUUUUAAAAAAUAAAUCGAAAUAGAAUACAAGAGCUGCAAUGAAGAAACUGCAAUAAAAGUAUCAAUUUCUUAUUAUUUAUUCAGGAGAUAUCACCUAAGCCUCAAAGUCAGAAAAAAAAUGAAGCUGAUAUUAGCAGUUCUGCCAACAUUCAGAAAUCUGCACUGUUGCCCUCAACUUUGUCUUCAGGAAAGGCUCGCAGCAAGAAAUGCAAACAAGAAUCUGGAGAUUCUGCAGGGUGUAUAAAGUCCCUUAAAUCACCAAUUUCCCCAGAGUUAAUACAAGUGGAGGAUUUGACCCUGGUCUCCCAGCUUCCUUCUUCUGUGAUAAAUAAAACUAGUGAGCACAGACAUUUUAAAACAUACCAUAAUUACUUCUAUUACAGUCAUAUUGGGAAAUAAUCAUCAUUGGGGUGGUUCUUUUUCUUUCCUUUUUUUCCUUUUCUUUUGAAUGUGACUUGUUUAUAACAGACUGGGUUUGGGGGGCUGGGAGAGUGGAAUGCAAGUGUGACAUGGGAUAGUACAUGCAAUUAAGUUCACCACUGAAGUUACCCCCCACCCCCAAAUCCUUAGUAGCCAGUACUGGAAACUCCUUGCACAUCGGUCAUCUGAAAGGAGGAAGGAAACAAAACCCAAACCAACUCUUUUUGCCGCUUCCAAAAGUUUUCCUAUAUGGUUGCCUGGAAGUUUUGGGUUAUGUGUGUGUGGGUUUUUUUGUUUGUGGUUUUUUUUUGUAAACCCAUUUGUUUCCAAGACUGAAAUAUCAAACACACACAGUAUGGCACUUGUACGAUGGCGGAAAUUCAUGGCAAGAGCCCAACUCGUCAUGUUACACGGAGCAGCAAAGGCUACAGCUGAUCUGCUUUGGAGGCCCUGAUUCUUCAGAAAGAAGAUGAGCCAUUCUUGUGUGGUGUUGGUGUUUUUGUUUUUGUUGUUGUUCCCCCACCACCGCCCCCAUCUUCGAGAAAAUCUACUGGCAUGAUUUGCCUGCUGGACCUACUGGCUCUUGCUCUCUGUGUGACAAUUCCUCUUUUAGUGCUAUAGAAGACAAACAAAAAAAUAGGUUUCAGUCCCUGGGAUGAGGGUCCAAAGGAGGCUGGUUUAGAUGGGGAAACAGGAAUGUACAAAACUGCAAGAAAACUGAUCAGCGAAAUGUUUGCUGUUGUAGAAAUGUCCAAAUCCCUUUGGUAGGGAAAUGGAGGAGAAUAAUACUUGCUUUCUUCUGCCUGCGCCCCCCCCCCUUCAGAUCGCCCCAUUUAACAUUUCCCUGCCAGAGGGUUUAAUCCCUUGUCAGCUGUAAAGUAAAGAAGGGGGGAUUCUGUCAAGCGCUGCUCUAGAUCUUUUGCAUCUCUCCGGGAAAUGAAGAAUGAUACACAAAAAACUUCCUAGGGCUGCUUUCUUCCAUCUCCGAGUUAAAAUUAUCUUCCGCUGAAUGUUAUGAUCCAGCCAUAGCUACUUAACAAGUCUCGCUGAUUUGAAAGGGACUUGCACGCACCUAACGUCUGGUUGGAUUGUGCUGCUAAUUAAUUGAGAAGAGGGAAACAGCUUGUGCAAAUGUAAUUCUCUCCCCCUGCCCCCUUUUGCACUGAAACGCUUCAUCAGUCAAUGACACUCUAAAUCUUCCCUCAUUAAAUGUUGCCGUCCACACUUGUUGCGAUUGCACAUGAUGUCGGUAAGUAACCUUCACUGAGGAUGAUUUGUGCCUUUUAACAAUGCAAAGAUAGCACUGUAAAGGGAAUCCCUCUUAAUCUGCAGCUAUUGCGGUAGACUUGAAAAACAUAGUUAGAGCUUUUGUAGAGAGUUGAGCAUUUUGCAGGUGUUCCCCCCCCUCAUUUUUUUUAAACCUGGGUAUUAUAUAUAUAUUUCCAAUUAUGAGGCUUCUUAAGCUGUGUUUAUACACUGCUUUUUGAGAAACAUUUUCCAUAAAGUGGCUUCCAUUGGAUCUAAAGUUGUUUACAAUAUAUAAAAUAAAAGAAGAAUCCAUUCCACAAAUUAAUAAGUAAAAGAGCAGAACAACAGAAGCCAAGAACGCAUAGCAUAAAAUCCCCUGUAUAUAUUACACAUUGAAAGCCAUUGAAAGGAGGUAGGUUUUCAAAUUAGACUUCGUGGUGCGAGCUUUUAAAGUGAUCGCUUGAAUGUAGAUAUGUGGAAAUUAACUUUGCUGAGUUCACUUCCUCCAAACCAUUGCAGUCCCGUUGCUUUCAGCAGAAGAGUUAACCACGGACUUGAAUUUCUUCCACUGAAAUCAGUGAGAUUGCAAAGUGCUUUGCUUUGGUUGAAUUUGAACCCAUUGUAAACCUCCGCCCCUCCCAAAAAUAAAUUAAAAAUCCUGGAAUUUGACCAAAGGAAAACAAAGGACCCUUCAUUCCUCUUGAGAACUUCCCUAUGCAUAACUCUUGUGUAUAAAUCAAAUCCAGCAUAAUUCACUUACAUACGCAUGAUUAUGAGAUCAUUUCAAUAUGCAUAGCAAAUACAGCUUGCUGUAUUAGUGGUAGUGUUGGAGGAAGGAGAUGAGGAGCAAAAUUCUAAAACUCUGAAUGCAAAGGCCCAGUAUUGGGAUUCACUGAAUCAGUGAUAUAAUAAUGGCUUACAAUGGCAUGGCUAAUACGAUGCACUCCAGAUCUUCUUGUCAUUCACCCUUCGCCAGGCUCCUGUGUUUUAAUGGAAGUUCUAGUCCACAACACCUGGCAAGCAUGUUGACUACCCCCUGGCUUUAACUCACGAUUGCUUAGUAUAUUAUCAAACCUACCAAACUUAAUUUUUCAAGGAUUUUAUAAGCUGGAACACAUGCGUGUGCACACACCUUCAUUCCAAGGUGGCUUACGUGCUAUUGAAAUUAUAAAUAACUAUAAAAAGCAACAGUGAAGGAAACAGGAUUUUAACCGAUCUAGUACAUUCAGACCGAAGUAAAAGAACAAUAGGCACAUUGUGAGUGCUUUUCCAAAACCUAACCGAAAGGCUAGCGCAACAAAUAAGUUAAUAUUAGUUGCCGAAAAGUUACCAGGCCCUGCAAUCCCACAGAGGGCAUUCAGCAGAUAUUGCAUUGUUGCAAAAACAAUGGAACAGUUUUGUAUCAGAAAGUUUAUCAUUUUUUGCUUGCUUCAGGAAUGUUAAGAAAUGGUAUACUCUGCAUUUAUUUAUAACAUCCUUUUGUGGGAACAGGGAACCUAUGGUCCUCUAGUUGUUGUUGGAUUCCAGCUCCCAUCAUCUCUGGUCAUCAGCUUGCGCUGAUGGGGGUUUGAAGCCCCAACAACACACAGAGAACCACAGGUUCAGCAUCCCUGGUUUAUAAUUUUCUCCUAGCAGUUAAGAAGGAAGUGAGAGAGUCAGAAAUCAAAUGUAUCAGGGAGCUUAGGUAUAUUAGUGCUGCCUAUGACCUUUUGUGCCAGAUUUGUUCCAUCACAAGGGACCCCCUCCCCAUUGCAAGCCUUUUCAUUAAAAGCCUGCUUCUACUAACUGAAGCUAAAAACCAUUCCUCUAGUCUCCUGGUAUCCCCCAUUUUUCUAUUUGUAAAGAGCGAUGCCGUGAUAGAUGGGGAACCACUUAAGGCAAGCGCCUUAUGACCUCCUUAGAAAUAUUAGAGUAAGGCGAUGACCUGUGUCUGCUUCAUGAACAUUGCAAGGUCUCUUUUUAGGUCCAUCACAGCCAGUGAUGAGUGCCCUUAGAUCCUUCAAAAAUAGCCAGCGGAGAAGAAGAUCACAGCGCUUAGCGACUGGUUCGUUGCCUCAUGGUUCACUAGAAAAAGUUCCUUCUCCCUCUCCAGUCACUGAUAGAAAACUGUUCUCCAUCAAUGCCCCAAAUCAGCUGCCAGCAUUACUGGAGGGUAAUGUAUUUCAGUCUAAAGUAAAGAACCAGAGAGAAUCCAAGUGUUAAACAUAAGACCUUUGCAAGACAUGCCCUGCCUGACAAGAGCUGACUAAUAGACGAGAACUGUGCCACAUUAGGUGUGUAACUCAGUGACCUCAAGGAAUGCAGUGCUUUUCUGUCGUUUAAUAUUCCGUUCUUUCUUUUAUGUAGUUCCCAAUGUUGCUCAUGUCUCCCUUGAGAAGCGCGGACUCUGCCUCCCUCUUGACUUAAGCCGCAACUUGGAUGUGUCGGCGCUGUUAACUGCGGAGGCUGCUUUCCGCAGUGACUACCCCAUUAAAGAGAAGGAAGAUAAUCAGAUGGUGUUGUGCCAUUCUUCUAAAGCGACGACUGAUGGCAGAGUAGCCCCAGUGGCAUCAGGUAAAACGUUUGUCAGCGGCUUUCAAGAGUGUAUUAGGUCAUUCAGAAUGCUAUAGGCCACUGCGUUUAGAACAUUUCUGGAUGUAUAUUGUUGUUGUUGUUUAGUUGAGUCCGACUCUUCGUGACCCCAUGGACCAGAGCACGCCAGGCACUCCUGUCUUCCACUGCCUCCCGCAGUUUGGUCAAACUCAUGCUGGUAGCUUCGAGAACACUGUCCAACCAUCUCGUCCUCUGUCGUCCCCUUCUCCUUGUGCCCUCCAUCUUUCCCAACAUCAGGGUCUUUUCCAGGAGUCUUCUCUUCUCAUGAGGUGGCCAAAGUACUGGAGCCUCAGCUUCAGGGUCUGUCCUUCCAGUGAGCACUCAGGGCUGAUUUCCUUCAGAAUGGAUAGGUUUGAUCUUCUUGCAGUCCAUGGGACUCUCAAGAGUCUCCUCCAGCACCAUAAUUCAAAAGCAUCAAUUCUUUGGUGAUCAGCCUUCUUUAUGGUCCAGCUCUCACUUCCAUACAUCACUACUGGGAAAACCGUAGCUUUAUAUGGACCUUUGUUGGCAAGGUGAUGUCUCUGCUGUCUAGAUGUAUAUUAGAGUAUGGUUUGGGGGUUUAUUGAAAUAGUUUUUAUUUGAUUUUUCAAGUACAAGAAUAUGACAAUGCCAUCAUACACAUCCCUAUUUAAAGAUUCCUCUGAAUCCCUGGACUUCCUACCCUCUCCCUUCCAUGGGUCCCAUUGUCAACCCUUUCAACUGCAUAUUAUUCAGUAGACCAUAUUUUAUAUCACUCCACUGUGUUUGCUACACAACAAGUGUUAUUGCAGUCCUGCUAACGUUUUCAUCUGCUUACAGCGGUCUCCAAGAUAAAUUAUAAAUCUUUCCCAUUCCUUAUUAAAGUUUUGGUCUUCUUGGUUUCUGAGCUUCCCAGUCAGUUUUGCCAUUUCAGCAUAGUCCAACAGUUUAAUUUGCCAUUCUUCUCUGGAUAGGGACUUUGUCUUCUUUCCAUCUCUGGGCUAGCAACGUCGUUGCGUAUGUUUAGAGUAUGUUAACUUGUAUACCUAGGAAAUACUUGUGUGAAUGCGACGAGCGUGUGUUUGUGUAUCAUUCGGGCAGACUUAUUUCUAAGGAGAGGUUAGUUGAAUUCUCUUGUUUCAGUGCAUGGGUCCACUUUUCAUGCCAUAUUGUGUAUGAAAAGGGCCCUGCUAUUUGCUGUUUUGGUUAUGGCCGUAUUUGGACCACUCCUUGUCACAAAGAGGUGUAUCCAACUAAGUCAUUGUGCGCACCGAACUUCCCCUCCUUCUUCUUCACACCCCCUGCCCCAAAUCUGUUCUGGCGGGUAGAGAGGGAGGGGAAGUUCAGUUGUGCUUGCAGAAGUCAUUCCACUCGGGUAGUGAUUUAGAUGGAUUCCACCCACUGUAGUUAGCCAUGGUUCUGCUUACACCUUCAUUCAGCUAUCUUCGGAAGCAACAAUUUUGGGAACAGCUUAAAUCUCUGAUACUGCUCUGCUUGGUUGGUGGCAACCCAGUCACACCCAGUUUUCUGAAAUGGAAGCAUGAUGAUUAGCUAAUGUAGACAACAUAAGGAGACUGCAAAUAAACUGUGCCGAUCUUUUCCUGAAGCAAAGCAGUACAUGAAAGCUGAAGUUUACUUCAGGAAACAAAUAAUUCUGGAGGAGGGGGGAGAAAAGUGGAAGGGGAGAUGUUCAUGGCCACAUUCCAAAAAAUCUGGCUUAAAAAGAUUGCUGACCCUUUAUCUAAAAGCAAAUCUGUCUUCUCAGUGCUAUUCAGGCCUCACAGAAUUCUUGGGAUGCAAAGAAUUAGGAAAAGGUGCAAGGAGAUAAGUUGGUUACUGGGCUGGCUUGCAGAAUUCAUUUCUUCUUUAAUGUUAGGACCUCUCAUCCUGCUCUCAACACCUUUACUCUACCUUCUGUGCAAAACGUAUUCAGAUAAUAAUCUCUAGCAGCUUCUUUAGCCUGGAGGAUCACACAUGAAAUGGAUCAUAGUCAUACACGGAGGCUGCAGCUAAUUUAGAAAUGGAAAUUUCAGAGUAACAUAAUUCAGUGCCCCUUUUCGUUAGCAUGGCAAAUGCUCGUUUGUUUGUUUUUUACAACAGAUAUAAAUAUCUCCCACUUACAUUUCUUUUUUAGAGAACAGUGAAUGUGAGUUCUCUUCGAUUCGUUUCCUUGUUUCUCAUCCUCCGUUGUUUAAUCUUUUCAGAUCUAGCAGUAUAAAUGAACUAAAGCAUGGUCCCUAGUGCUUGCCCCCAAGAGACUUAACACACUGUUGCCAGCAGUGUUCUGCUAAGCUUCUGUUUCCUUUCUUACAUCCACAGGAAUGCUGAAAACGGAGAGAAAAACGAAAUUGGAAGACAGAUGCUCGUCGCUUCUUGGUAUGGACAAAAAUUUUCAGCAAAAACAAAACAAAACUGUAGCUUGAGAGAGCAGGAAUGUAGCCUGUCUGUUGUUGUUAUUAUUAUUAUUAUUAUUAUUAUUAUUAUUAUUAUUAUUAUAUUUUCACCUGUUAACGCUUUUUAAGGGGUCACAGGACAAAAGAAUGUACUUCUUCACACAGAACAUAGUUAAACUAUGGAAUUUGCUCCCAUAAGGCUGCCAGCUUAGAUGGCUUUAAAAGGGGGUUAAAUAAAUUCGUAGAAGUGGUGUAGAUAUAUGUAGCGUAGCUCCAUUGUUGGAGACAGCAUGCCUCUCAAUACCAGCUGUUAGGAAUUGCAGGAGAGGAGAGUGCUGUUGCAGUCAGGUCCUCCUUGUCUAGUUGCUCUCGUUCAAACACAACUAACCUUGAACUAUGACUGUAAUUCUGAGUUACGACUUGUCAUUAAAUUUCAUUGCCUCUGUAGAUUUUUUUUUUUUGCAAGGCUCAGUUCUUGGUUCAUCUCUAAAACUCCCUCUCCUUUGAAAAUUGAAAACGUUGGGCCACUUCACCUGCAAUCCUAAAUACACUUACUAGUAAGCCCAGUAUGUCUCCGUAGAGCUUGCCUCUGAGUAAAUAGACAUAAGUACUGUUGUAAGCGAACAGUUCCACUCUCAGGUGGCUGGAAGCACAUGACCUAAUCUUGGAACAGGCUGCGUUUGUUUUACACUGAUGCCCUUUGUUUAAUAAAGAUCCAUUUGCAAUGUAGGUAAAAAGAAGGAGAAGGAUAAAGAAAGGAAGGAGAAGAAGGAGAAAGAUCACAAGUCGAAACAGAAAAAGAAGAAAAAGAAAAAGAAGAAAUCAAAGCAGCAUGGUACAGUUUAGAAUAUAGUAAAUCUAGCUAAAGACUUUGCCUGUUGUUUCAGACUUUGCUUGCUAGAUUGAUCUCCAUGCGUUAUGAGCUUUAAGCAUAAAUUGCUCCAGUGUUGCUUCAGGAUGUGUUUAUUAGCUCUGUUGAGAUACUGCCCGUUGACCAAAUUGCUCUUUUGACAUCAUGCGCCAGUGUCCUCAUUCACCUAUAACACUAAGCCAAUCUAUGGCCUAGCAUGAAGGACAGGCAGGCUGGUGCCUGUUUAAAUAAUUGUAGCCAUUUUGCUCCUCUGCCAGGUCCAGCUGCUUCUGUUUGUACCAAGACGUUAGCCAUGGUUUGGCUUAGUAUUGCAUGCAAGCUUGGGCUCAUGCUUUGUUAUUCUAGAAACAAACCAGCAAAUGGUAAGCCAAUAACAAACCUUGGUUUUUGUUCAUGGUUUGUUUGGCAAGUUACAAAACCAUGAAUCACCAGAAUGCCUAUAUUAAGCAGAUCCAAUUGAAAACACACGUAAACGUAAUAGGCCGUAUAGUAACAAUCACAAAGUUAUUUACUAGAACUACUUCUAAAAAAUUAGAUACCAGAAAAAUACAAAAUACAAGAGAGAUGAAGAAAUUGGAAAAGAAUGUACUACGGCACUGACUAUAUAGGACUUGUAUUUUGUACAUACUGGACUUAUUGGUCAACUGAAAAGUUACAUUUUUAUUAUAUUAUGUCACGAUGUUGAAUUUGACAUUAUGGGAAGUGGUAUCAUGGUUUGUUUGGAGCAUGACAAACCAGGGGUCAAGGUUCUGAUGUAACACUGAGCCAAACUGUGGCUCAGCUAUACACUCAGAGUUUUCUAAAUGUGCACAUUCAUGAUAAGCCAUACUUUGGCUUAGCGUUACGUGCAAGGGUAACAUGUUGCGUCCUCUGUAUUUGACACAUGAGAUGUUGAUCAAUUUCUUAUUCUUGGGCAUAUGCUCUUUGAAUGUGCUGCUCAUAAACAUCUCUGUCAAUCAUCUUGAGAUCUUGAGAUUUGGUGAUCAGGGACUGGAGUGGGCGCUUACUGAAAACCCUGCGACAGACCUGCGUUGCACAUUCACAGGAGUGAGAAAUUAUUGCAGGAAUCACUUGUGCAUCUGGGUAGCAUGUGAAGGGAGCACUUCCACACCUGCCCUACGGGAAGAUGUAUGAAAUCCAUACAAGAAUUCAUACAUCUUGUAAUGGAAACAUGCAAGUUUCAUUUUUGCGUGUUACAGCACAGGAAAGGGAAGAGCAAGUGACUCAUGCUGCUGUAAUUCAUCACUUCUUACCUGAAUGUGCAAACAUAUCCAAAAUUGCCUGUUGGAGGCUAGCAGUGUUCUAAAACCAUGUGAAUCUGCUUAAGGUAGCUAUUUCCUGUUUGUUAGUUUUAGAAGCUAUGUGCUUCUUCUUCUUCUUCUUUGGUGAUCACUUGUAGCCGAGUAAGAUUGUCUUCCAUAAACACGGUUUUAACGAGUCUGUAAGUGACUGUGGAGGCCAGUUCUGGAUCCACACGUCCCUCCACAGUGGGGACAUUGGUUUCCGGGCGGGAGUUGAUCACGGUGUGGAUUUGCCAAGCGUGCCUUCCUCUUAGCACGUUUCUCCCUUGCGUCCUGAAUUCAAGUGUCUUCAAAGCCCAUGAUACCUUUGGUAAAGGCUGUUCUCCAGCGCUCGCAGGCCAGUGUUUCCCAGUUGUCAGUGUUUAUACUACAUUUUUUUAGAUUUGCCUUGACACAGUCUUUAAACCUCUUUUGUUGACUAUGUGGACACAGUGCUAAAAGGAGUGACUUUUUAAGCAAGGGUGGUUUUUGUUUUUACCUUUUAUAUUUGGUGUGUGUGUGUGUUAGCAAAAACCAUCUUGAUGUAGGUAGACAGUGAUAACGUGGUGUGUUUUGUGAUUACUUUGCAGAUUAUUCGGAUUUUGACGAUAGUUCUCUUGAGUACUUGGACAGGUGCUCCUCUCCAUUCACUAGGUCUUCUGGGAGCUCGCUGACACUACGGAGCACAACCGUGGAGAAGAACACAUCCUAUCAGUACCCAAGGGCUAUUCUGUCUGUCGACCUUAGUGGUGAAAGUAGGUUUUCUGUCUUGUAUGUUGAUCUGCUUAAAUCUUAAUUUCAUUUUUCAUCUAGAGAAAUUGAGGAAUUAACCAAAUAUGUGCUGAUUUAGCUAUCAAUUUUUUGUUUUUGCAUUUCUGAAGAGUAAUUUUUAUUUCUUUAUAAAGGACAUCUUUCCCCCUAAACCUAAUAACAGCCCUCUAAAAGUAGCCUGUCCCCAUUUGUUUCCCUAAGCCAGCCAGGUGCCUCUGGAAUCUUGAAAACAGGACAUGUUGCAGAUUGUCAUCUCCUGUUUUUUCUGCUCCAGCAUCUCAUAAUUUCAGAGAUUCUGCCUCUGAACACAAAUGCUCAGCAUAGCUAGUGUGCCCUUAUAUAUUCUAUAAACCUAAUUGUUUUGCUUUGCUUAUGUGGGGGGGGGGGGGGAGAAACCAACCCUUAUCUAGAUGUCUUCGCCACAUCUUUUGGUAGUAGCUUGCCUGAGCUCAUCCAGUGAACUCAUCAGCAAAGUUUGCUCGUGCUUUUGGCUACUAUUGUUAAAGAACUGCUUCCCAACAGCAAUGCAUACCUCUGUUUUUCUUCUGUCGGGGGCAAAUAGGGAGAAGGCUUUUUCAGUUUUGUUGCCUCCAUAUCUGGAAUGCUCUCCGCAGGGAGGCUUACCUGGUGUUGAAUAUUACAACUUCUGGGCACUGGGUAAAGACUUCAUUAAAAAAAAAAACAAAAAACCCCCAGUCCUUUCCAUUUUGAUUGCACUACUGCUUGUGGGUUUUUUUAUUGGUGUUUUACUGUGUAAUGAUGUUUUACAUUUCAGUUCCUGCUUUAUAGUAAACUGAGUUGGAAGAUCUCUGAACGAAAGCAUGGGGGGUAUUAAAUCUUUUUAACCUGUAAAAUAAUAAGAUUGAUAUUCUGUUUUUGAAGUAGGCAGUUUUUGUGAGCACAGCAUCAUACCAAUGUCCAUCCAAAGAGGAAGUUUGAAGGUCUGCUGUUCCAAAUGCACACAGUCUAAUCCAAUGCUACCCACUUGCCAAAUUGUAUUGUUUUCAAAUUUCAGACCUCUCUGAUAUGGAGUUUCUAGACGACUCUUCUACCGAGAGCUUGCUGCUGAGUGGCGAUGAGUACAAUCAGGACUUUGAUUCAACCAAUUUCGAAGAAUCUCAGGAUGAAGAGGAUACUCUCAAUGAAAUUGUCAGGUGUAUCUGUGAAAUGGAUGAGGAAAAUGGGUUCAUGAUUCAGGUAAGGAGUCUGCUCGCAGUACAGUUUACUAUGGAAUUUUUUAUCCAGUAAUUCAGAACUUUUUUUCCUUUGGGAUAUUAUUAUUAUUUUUAAAAAACCUUAUAGAAUGGUAUGAUUCAGGCUGGUUUGAAUUAGCACUGUGCCUCCAUUCAGUCUCUGUGGAGCUCUCCAGUGGAGGUGUGUGGGGGGGAAUAAUGCAUAUUUUUAAUUCUUACAAUGGCACAGUUAAUACUUUUUCCUCCACCAGAGACCAUUCGAGUUCUGUCUCAUGCAAUUUAUGGGGAAUAGUUGGAGCUACCUUAUACUGGAGUUGCCAUUGGCCCUUCUAACUCCAGGCAGUUAAACAUGAGCGAGAGACGGUCCUUGGUUCUCUUUAUCGCUAACCGUUAUUUGUUUCAGUAUUUAUAAGCCGUCUUUCUAGACAAGGCAUCCAGAGCCUGCUGCCUCCCUAGAUACUUUGAACCAAAGCUUCCACCAUCCAUGACUGCAUGUUGUUGUUGUUGCAUUAACCAAGCAAGGGUUGGACCUGAAUUUCCCUCUCACGUUAUGAUGCAUUAUUUCCUUUCUCUUUUAAUCCCCGCCACAGUGUGAAGAGUGCCUGUGUUGGCAGCACAGCGUGUGCAUGGGACUGUUGGAAGACAGCAUUCCGGAGCAAUACAUCUGCUACGUUUGCAGGGACCCACCUGGUAGGAGCAAAUUUUCAAGCUAAGCCCCAGCGUUUCCAAGCCCCUGUAGUAGCUCACACGACCGCCACUGCUCCCAUUUCCCACACAUCUAAGGGUGUGUUUCUAUAGCCAGCAUUUGUGAGGAUAUAGUCUAGGAUCUGGCCUAGGCAGUCAGCAGAAAUCCAUGGUGCAGUUGUUGCUCAGACUUCAGGCUGCGCGCUACAUGCCCCCCCAAAAACUAACUGGGGAAAGGCAGCACCUCAGGAUGAAAUGUUCUAGCUCAGUUCUCCAACAUGCUAGUUUUCCAUCUAUAGAGAGAUGUUUCAGCUUGUUUUUUAAAGAGGAGAUUUUUGUUGUCGGUAAAUUCAAGGAAGUGUGACACUUUCUGCAGUUGUUUUCCUGGGUUUGUCUGCAGAGUUCUGUGGCCACUAACAUGUGGCCUUUCCUUGUCCUCCUGUCCCAUCCUUGUGGAGGCCUAAUGCUAUAUUCUACCCUUAUAUGCAUCUAAGGCAGGGGAGGGGUGGGGAGUUGGAUCAUAUGGCUCCUGUCCAGGUUUGUUGAUUGUCUUGCUUUAAAAGGCGUGAGGAUCCUAUUCCCUUUUAAAAUGUGGGUAUUUGGAGGGGGGGUUAUUUGGUUGUUGUUUUUAAUUUGAUUAUGUAUUUUGUGGUUUUAUAUUUUGAUUUUAUUCUGUGAACUGCCCUGAGACCUCCAGGUAUAGGGCAGAAUACUACUACUACUACUACUACUACUAAUAAUAAUAAUGGCAUGAUGUGGCAGGUGGGUGUGGCUUGGCCAAAUGGCCUGGUGGGCCAAAUGAACAGGUCUGACAGACCAAAUUAGGCCUUUGGGUCGGAGGCUGUCUACCCUUCCUCCAGGGCAAUGCUUCCUCUCUCUUGCUCUAUUUAUGAUUUAUAAUCCACUGUUUGCCCAAAGGUUGCAGGCAGAUUAAUUUUUUUAAAAGUAUGUCCCAAUGAAAGAGAAUUAAACAGAUACAAUUAAAUAAAAAAAUUCAGUCUGUCUGCCAUUUUAAGUCUUCCCCUGGUGUUCCAAAUCCUGAAGAUGCUCAGGAUCCAAAUUUAGCAAAUCACCACACCACAAAACAACCACAAAUGGGGCUUCAUGGUGCAGACCCAGAAACAUCCCAAAGUUGCAAAACCAGGUGAUUGGGCAGGCAGGCAAAUCUCUUCUGUGAUAGGAACCUACCCAAGUUAUAGUAAGAGCCCAUAAGCCUUCCCGGCACCAAUGCUGACAUCCAUUUGAGGGCCCCUUCACACAUUACUUCUCCCAUUUAUGAGUUAUAAACCUAUAUAGGCUUAUGAAUGUGUUUAGUUCAUCUGUUUAUUAAACGGAGGGCAUGGUUUCUCACUGCCUGUAACUGCAGCUGUGGUGGCGCUUGUGCAGAUACACACCUGUGCACCCACCCUUUUGCAUUAUUCAGUCUCCGAUAGAAGACAAAAAGCGAUGGCGAGAGAAUAAGAUCUGAAUCCCUCGUUGUCUCUAGGUCAGAGAUGGAGUGCCAAAUAUCUCUACGAUAAAGAUUGGUUGAAUAACGGCCACAUGUGUGGUCUGUCGUUUUUAAAAGAGAACUACUCUCAUUUGAAUGCCAAAAAGAUUGUGUCGACGCACCACCUCCUGGCUGACGUGUAUGGUGUUACGGAAAUACUGCGCGGGCUGCAGCUGAAGAUUGGGAUACUAAAGUAAGCAUGCCUUCUGGUACUGCAUAUUGCUUUUUAGGGAUAUUCUCUCUUUACCUUGGUAGAACAAUCAGACACUUAAAAAUGGGGGUAGUUGCGUGGCAGGGAUAGAAUGGUUUCAGGGGAGCAGGGGCCAGUUUUUUAUUUUUUAUAAAUUUUAUUUUCAAUGCAAAAUUACAACAAAAAUCACAAACAUUGAAUCCAGAAUAAAACUAUGCAAACAAGAAAGAAAAACAGAACACAAAAAGGAAAACAAAAGGAAAAGCACACAUCUACAAAUAAAACCAUAUCUUCAUUCUAAUCUAGUCAUUACAUACAUAUACAUAUAUUGACUUCCUUCCUUUGUUCUAAGACCUCAAAAAUUUUACUCUUUCUAAAUUGUUGUGUCUAAUGUAGAUUACUUCUAUCUUUAUACUUUUUACACCAUUUUUCUUUAACCCUGUAAAGCAUCAUUCAUUACAUACCGAUAUGCUUACUACAGAACAAUGUUUUUUCAUAUACUCUUUAGCACAUCCCCAUUCUUUUAAUAAUUUCUGGUCCGAUUAUUCCCUUAAAAAUGCUGUGAGUCUUGCCAGAUUUAUAUAUUCACAAAAUUUAAGUUGCCAUUCUUUCAUUGAUGGAAUUUUUCUCCCUUUCCAAUUUUUUGCUGUAAGCAUCCUGGCAGCUGACGUUGAGUAAAGGAAUACUUUCCUUUGAUUGUCAGGAAUAUUGUUUGUGAUUAUACCUAAAAGGAAUGCCUCCGGUUUUUUACUGGGGCCAGUUUUGAUGUGGAGGAGUUCAGUUCUCCUACCAUAGUUUCCCCUGAUGGUUUCGACCAGCUGUUAUCGCCGUUCGAUAUUUGUUUAAGAAGAACAAAGUGCCGAGCUCUGUGCAAUGCUCAGAGGUGACAUGGUCCUGCCACGAGGCAUUAACAAUAUGUUCCAAUUUCAGUGUCACAUUGUUCAGCCGUACCGUCUCUGGGUGCUCAGGUGAGCAUGCCUGGUCAUUGCAGGACUUCGGUAAUUUGUUUUGACAAGCCCCUUUGCCACAUCAGAUUGAGUUCCAGAAAGACAAAAGGCCCUGCUUUGCAUUCAGGCGUCGAACUGGACAUUUUCUGGUUCGCUGCCUCCAUAAGUGGAGACAGAAGUGUUGACGUACAGAGAUUUGAGCCAGUUCCCCUGCCUCCCCCGCCCCCACGUCAACCGACUUAUGUGUAUCAUGAGACAAACUUGGUUCCACUUGAUGGACUUGUGAACACUGCAGACUUCACAUGUCAUGGAACUGCUCACCCGAAUCUCUUUUGUAAAAAAUGUCAACACGGAUACCCUCUUCAGGCUGCUUAAAUCGACUUCGUUUCUCUACCACUUUGACCCCUUUAUCUUUCUUUUUUUUUCUCCCCAGGAACAAGCAUCAUCCUGACCUUCAUUUGUGGGCUUGCACAGGUGUGCGGAAGGAUCCAGACCAAAUAACUCUUGGAGUGGAAAGAAGGGUAUUGGCUGUGCCAGAUACCAUUAACCCCCCUGAAAGGACGUAUCAUGGUCAAAACCAUAGAGAGCCCCCUAGUUUACCCCAGAAGAUGGAGGAAACGUACAUUACGAGCGAGCACAGUUACCAGAAACCCCAGAGUUACAGUCAGGACUGCAAAAUGAUGGCCGAUCCUAUAAGCUCAGACGACGACACCAGCAGUUUUGAAGACGAUCAGGAGCUUCCCUUAGAGGAUAAAAACUGUUUACAAUAUUCAUCUAAAGAAGAUGGUUUCAGCCAUCAGGUAAAACUACCCAUUUGUUUGUGCAACCUUCCAAGAAUUACAGUGCAAUCUUAACCAUGACUAUUCAGAAGUAACUCAAUGGGAAUGGGGGCUUACUCCCAGGUAAGUGGGGUUAGGCGUGAAGGCAGAAGCAACAAAGAAUCCCAUAGCACCUAAAGACUAAAAAAGUUAUUGUUGCCUCUGAUGGAAGUAGACCAGGCAUAGGCAAACUCAGCCCUCCAGAUGUUUUGGGACUACAACUCCCAUCAUCCCUAGCUAGCAGGACCAGUGGUCAGGGAUGAUGGGAAUUGUAGUCCCAAAACAUCUGGAGGGCCGAGUUUGCCUAUGCCUGAAGUAGACUCUGGUCCAGGUAUCUUCAACCUUUUCAGAUACAGGGCAUCCUUUUAACCCAAGCAUGCAUUUGGGGACCCAUUUCUUAACCUUUUCCUAUAUAUUUGCAUGCCGGUAGUCCUCUUGUUGCAACCUACCUUGGGUCAGGCCCUGCCCCUCUAGUGCAGGGUUUCUCCAGCUGUUGUUGGACUGCAACUCCCAUCAUCCCUAGCUAGGAGGACCAGUGGUCAGGGAUGAUGGGAAUUGUAGUCCAAAAACAGACAGAGACCCAACCUGCAUUAGUGUAUCCUGGCCCACCAGUUUGAAGACAAGUGUCCUAGUCCACAAAAACUUGUGCUGUGUUUAUUUUGGUUACUUCCUAAGCGCUAUGUAACUCCUAACUUGUUUUUGCUGUGACAGGCUAUCCUGGCUGCCCUUCUGGCAAUUUUUAUGAAGGCAAAAUUAGCUUCAGAUAUCAGAGGAGAAAAGUCUAGUAUCUUCAGCCUAGAGAAAAGAGGAUGUGGGCAAGGGAGCAUGCUGACAGUUUUACAAUAUUUAAAAAGUUUCUUGGAAAGAGCAGCUGGAAUGAUGGGUCAGUGCUGUCCAUCAUUCCAGCAUUGGACAGAAGGACAGAAUUUGAAUUGGGAAGUUUUAUGCUUGUGCAUCACAUGCUGAAGACGCCUUUCUUUACCUGCCUUGGCCUUUGACACCUGAAAUGCAUAGUUUUAGGACCCAUCCUGUUAUUUCAAUUGCAUUUGCUUUUGAACUGAUUUUAAUUUUGUUUUUUAAGAUUGCUGUAGCCCAUCCCUGAGACCUUUUGGUGAGGGGCGGGUAAGAAGUUGAAUUAACGAUCACUCUAGCAGUGAAAACAAUAAAUAACGCUACAGAGAUAAAUUUUGGUUGGACACAUCAGAAAGCAUUUCCUUGACUGUAGAAGCAGUUCAAGCAACGGAGUCAAUCUGAGGCUGGAGAGUCUUGGGCUGCUUUCAGGGAGCGUUCUGGAGUUGCAUGAGUGCCACAAGUAGGCCAGGCAGUGUAAGAACUUUCGUCAGGGCCAAGGGAGGAGAAGGUAGUGGUUGUUUCACACUUGGGGCCAAGAGGAACUGGCGAUUCAUGUACUGGGCUAUGGCAUCUUCAGGCUUGCACGUCCGCCUUCCUGUCUAACUCUCAUGCUGUGCUGCUGCUCCCUCACUCCAGAGACUGCUUGUAAGCAACAGAGGAACAAGAUGCUGCAGCCACACAGUAGCAGAUUGAAGGAGACCAUCAGCUGGUUCUCUCCUUCAGCUACAGUGAGGGGGAAAAGUAUUUGAUCCCCUGCUCAAUUUGCUCGUUUGCCCCCUGACAAAGAAAUGACCAUAAUUUUAAUGGUCGGUUUAUUGUAGCUGUGAGAGACAGAAUAACAACAGGAAAACGCCAAGAAGACAAAAGUCAGAGAGAGAUUGAUAUGCAUUAUAAUGAGUGAAAUAAGUUUUUGAUCCCUUUGCAAAAGAUGACUUAGUACUUGGUGGCAAAACCCUUGUUGGCAAUUACAGACGUCAGACGUUUCUUGUAGGUGGCCACGAGGUUUGCACCAUUAAAAUUAUGGACUGGUCAUUUCUUCGUCAGAGGGCAAACGGGCAAAUUUAGCAGGGGAUACUUUUUCCCCUCACUGUACAUCAGUAAUGGAAGAAGAGAGGUGGGCUACAAGACAAGUUUAAAAUACAAGACUGUGGCACUCAGGUGUUAACCCUGGUGUCUUUUGCAGACCUUUGUGGUUUCACAUCUCGUAGUUUCUGAAGCAGGCAACACCCCAGAGCAAGAUUGCGGGCCCAACUCUGCUGCCUACCCACUGGCUGUCCUGCCCAGAACAGCCACAGCUCCCUACCACUUGCUCCCUUUGUGUCCCUCCCCCACUGCAGGUUGCCUCCAUGACUUAACACAUAAAACUACAUUAUCCAGACUUGUUUCCUAUUCACAAUAUGCCUCCCCACCCCCCAUCCACUCGAGUAAGAGGAGUGAAACUCAUUUCAAAAUUUCUCUUCUGUUACUCGACAGUUACAUUUCCAGCUUGGCAUUUUAUGAACUCAUGCUCAAUGUUUUGUUGUUUGUAGGCAGCAGCAGUCAUAAUAUCAUGAUUUUCUCUUUUCCUGAAAGAUGUAGUUUCCACUUCCUUUCCUGCAUUUUAUUUCUCUUCCUGCUAAAACUUGCCCGGUUCACAGGCAGUUCCACAGUUGCUCGGUCUUCCGUUUCAGCUUUUUUGCAAAUCCAUAGCUGUUUUUCAGCUGAUGCUCUCCCCAUAGUCCAUGUGUGCAAGGACUGCCUCCCAGGCUCCAGUUUCCUGCCCGUCUGCCCAGUUGAAGGAGUACUAACGAUGGUGUAAUAUGUACUUAAUCUAUAACGCACCGUUGGGGUUAAAAGUCUAUGCCUUUACUAGCGACCUUUGCAUUUGUGGUCAUCUGCUAUAGAGUCCUGUUCUGUGUGUGCUUGGUAGGUUGAGAGCGAACAACAGCUGAACCUUGACGUUCUACGUAGCACUUUUAAUUUUCGUUGUACUUCACCUGGUGCCUUGAAUCAACAAAACCUGAAACUUGUUUAUCUUUUUCUGUAACUGAUCAACAGUGCAUGGUGUGUUGAGCACAAAGAUUUUUCUACACAUAUUACACAGCACAGAUCAUCCUCUAGAAUAAAACAGCUUACUAGGGAAAUGCUGAAGUUGCCCUUUGGGGUGCCUCAGAGUCAAUUUUUAUGGUAGCCCAAAUCUCAGUUGUAUGGGUGUAUGUAUAUAUCUCAAUUUUAAUUCAUGAGCUAUUGCUGUAAUCUGCUCUGAUUUUAUAUUUUAUCCUUAUGAACGCUGUUUUUAUUGUGUUAUGCGAGCUGGUCUUUGACCGUAAUAAAUUAUCUAUCUACACAUAUCACACUUAUGUUCCAGAUGCACAAAGCAGCACAUGGACUGUACAGGAAAUAAUAAUAAUUAUUAUAUUUGUACCCCACCCAUCUGAAUGGGUUGUCCUAGCCCUUCUGGGCAGCUUCCAAGAGAUACAAGAACACAACAAAACAUCAAGUAUUGAAAACUUCCCUAAACAGCGCUGCCUUCAGAUGUCUUCUAAAAGUUGUAUAGCUGUUCAACUCCUUGACAUCUGACUAGAGGGCAUUCCACAGGGAGGGCGCCACUGCUGAGAAGGCCCUCUGCCUGGUUCGCUGUAACUUCACUUCUCACAGUGAGGGAACCACCAGAAGGCCCUUGGCGCUGGACCUCAGUGUCCGGGCUGAAUGGUAGGGGUGGAGAUGCUCCUUCAGGUAUACUGGGCCGUUUAGGGCUUUAAAGGUCCGCACCAACAUUUUGAAUUUAUAGUACCACACAAACUCCCUUUGAAAUGUGCAAAACUCAAAAAUUAUUUGCUAACCUCCUUCCCUUUCUUUCUUUCUUUCUUUCUUCUCUCACCAAAAUAUCAAUCUCUGACAAACAAACACUGGAAGUCUGUGCAGACUCCCCAUUGCCUUGGGAAAUUUUUAUCAUAGAUAGCUGGGCCGUUCCUUACAAAUAUGAGAUCUAGAAGUAUGCCACUUUAAUUAUAAAAAUAAAAAUAAUAAGCUAGCCAGAGCUAACUCUUUAAGGUCCUGUUGAUUUCACUGUGAAAAUUCAAGCAUGUGCUUAACUCUCACCAAAAUUUUGAAAUCAGAGGUGCCCAUAAUCCAUUUGCUGGAUUGUGUCUUACAUUUUUACUACCACCAUAUUUUGCUGGAGAACUUCAAGUGCAUAUUAACGAGGAUAUGAUUUACAAUGCGCAGUGCUUCUUUACAGCCAUUAUUAUAAGUUGUAUUAACUUAUGCGGUAGUUGUAUAGUCCUCAACAAAUCACCUCCAAUGCUCUCUUGUUAUGCUGUGUCAUUUAGGAGCAGCGGUUUUGUUUAAUCUCACUCUUCAGCUACAGGGAAGCAUCUUCAAUCAGGCUGUAUCUGUGGGCAGGUGUGGUGUAGAGACAGCCUUAAAUUGUGACUACGCAGUUUGCUAAUUCCUCUCUCUCUCUCUCUCUCUCUCUCUCUCUCUCUCUCUCUCCCCACCACCCAAUCUUUGUUUUGUGGAUAUCAAACAGAGGCAUUUGGCUGAAGGGAACACUGUGUUUGUAUUUAAUGAAAAAAGAGGAGCCGAAGAACAUGUGGACUCCCAUCUUCAGUGGCAGCUAAACCUCCUCACCCACAUAGAGAACGUACAGAACGAAGUUGCUAGCAGAAUGGACCUUAUCGAAAAGGAAGUGGAUGGUAACUAUCUUAAAGCAAUAAGUUUCUGGAAUGGUAACAUGUUUAGAAACUGGUGCGUUAUGUGCAAUGCAAGGUGCACAAUCAUCACUUUUUGAGCAAGUCUCAUAAUAUUAAUAAUAAUAAUACAGUGGCACCUUGGGUUAAGUACUUAAUUAGUUCCGGAGAUCUGUUCUUAACCUGAAACUGUUCUUAAUCUGAAGCACCACUUUAGCUAAUGGGGCGUCCCGCUCCUGCCGUGCCGCCGGAGCACGAUUUCUGUUCUCAUCCUGAAGCAAAGUUCUUAACCCAGGGUACUAUUUUUGGGUUAGCGGAGUCUGUAUGUAACCCAAGGUAUAAUAAUAAUAAUAAUAAUAAUAAUAAUAAUAAUAAUAAAAAUAAAAUUUAUACCCCUCCCAGCAGACUGGGCUUCCCCAGCCACUCUGGGCAGCUCCCAACAGAGUAAUAAUAAUAAUAAUAAUUAUAAAGUAACAAAACAUCAAACAUUAAAAGCUUCCCUAAACAGGGCUGCCUUCAGAUGUCUUCUAAAAGUCAAAUAGUUGUUUAUUUCCUUGACAUCUGAUGGGAGGGUGUUCCACAGGGCGGGUGCCACUACCGAAAAAGCCCUGUGCCUGAUUCCCUGUUCCCUGUAGCUUCACUUCUUGCAGUGAGGGAACUGCCAGAAGGCCCUUGGAGCUGGACCUCAGUGUCCGGGCUGAGCGAUGGGAUGUAUUCAGUUUGGUUGACAGCUCUAGGAAUCAUGGAAUUCUAGAACUGUAGAGUUGGAAGGGACCCUGAGGAUCAUCUAGUCCAACCCCCUGCAAUGCAGGAAUAUGCGGCUGUCCCAUACAGGGAUAGUACCUGCAACCUUGGCACUAUCAGCGCCAUGCUCUAACCAACCAAGACUAGCUGAAUGCCCUGUGUUUGUCCUUUUGCGAUCUGUUCAGAUUAAAUGACACAAUACAGUUAGUUGAAACCAGAAGUGGGUGCUUCCUAUCUCCCCACAGCUGUCCCAGGGCGGAAACGGGAUCAGGCUUAUUCUCAGAAUGCUGAGAAGCUUGGGGGCUCCCCGGUUUAGUGCGACUCCAGAACCAGGACUAAAUAUUGCCACAUCUUUCUAUCCCUAACUGUGCUCGUAUCCCUUUUGUCUGUGCAGUUUUAGAAAGCUGGCUUGACUUCACCGGGGAAUUGGAGCCGCCGGACCCCCUUGCACGGCUGCCUCAGCUCAAGCGCCGGAUCAAGCAGCUCAUAUCUGACAUGGGGAAAGUCCAGCAAAUAGCAACCUUCUGUUCCGUAUGACAAAGCGGAAGCGGAAAGGAAUACGCAGAUAGGCUCUUAACAAUGGAUUUCUUGCGCUUCUUCGCGAGACUGACGAAGGGGUGAAAUACGAAAAUAAAAAGACGCUUGAACACUAUUCCUUUGUUCUGUGCUGGAUGUCCCGUUAUCCCGAAGGUCUUGAGAAAAGGGGAAAGAGGAGGAAAGCAUCAAGGAAGGGGCACACGAUAUGGUCUGCCAGGAUGUUCCCACAGGCCAUGUCGGGGAAAUCUUCAGACUGGUGUUUCCUUAAGGGGGGAAAAAAGUAAGAAGCUGUGUUGGAGAAGGAAUGAAAGCGCAAUGUUGUCUUUCAGUGUGAUAGCAGAGAAAGAUUUGCACCCCCUGGUAUCUUGAAGGAUAGGUAAAAUGGAGCCAAUGCCUGUUUUUCCUGGUGCAACAAAUAUUACCCAGGAAAAUGAAAAAAUACUAGCUUCCCUUUUUUAAAAAGAAAAAAAGAGAGACUGUUUUCUGUGGUGGCCUCUUCACGAAUAUUAUUUUUUAAAACUAAACCUUCCUUGCGGGGAUCUUGCGCUCCUUGUUAGAAACAGGUAUGGGGAGGGUAAUUGUCAGAAGUGCCAAAUAAAGUUUUCGAAAACCACUGAAAUGGGAGGAUGAGAGUCGUCUGCCGCGUGUUGCUCCCUCUUCCUCUUCCCCUGCUCCCCUAGCAGAGUCCUCCAUAUUGCCAGCCAGCAAACCAUCCAAUAUUGUACUUAAAUCAUAUUUGUGUUUAGCUGCACAGUAUUCAGGGCUACAGUGCAUUUUUUAAAGAACUUUUUUUGUCCUGGACGACUGCUUAGCAUUAGCUCUCUGAACUACUGUUGCUCCUCAGCUGGAUUGAGGAAUGACCAGAACAUUCAGAAUGCCAGCGGAUGGGCUGUGAAAUCGGGCCAUUUCCCAUGUUAACAUUUUUUUAGAUUUUGGGCAGCAUCCGAGCAAUGCGUCCCGCCAGUGCAAGAAUUUCCAUUUGUUGCAACAAGACUUGCACCUGUCUCCUCUCCCCUGCAUCGUCCCCAAAUCUGCUCUGAAGGGUUGGGAACCCCUAGAACAGAUUUAGAGGGGUGUGGUGACAAGGGGGGGUGGCCUGCAGAAAUCCUCAUGCCGAUGGGAACAUGACUUGGUGCUGUUUUUGCAGACAACCCUUUGAGAGGUAGGGAACAGCAGAGAAUGAAAUUGCAACAUCUGUACAGGUGUCUCCUGAUGGGAUUCACUUGUGUUGCAUGCCAAGGAGCUUGGGUUGGGUCAGCCUGUUCCUGUUGUCAUUUUUUCCAAAUCUUUCCAACCCUUAUUUGUAACCCUGGAGCAGGGGUCAGCAACCUAAGGCCCGUGGGCCACAAGCGGCCCACAGGGGUCGUUUAACUGGCCCAUGGACCCCCGCUGCCCGCUCGGUUGGCUACCAUGCACCGCGCUAAACCAGAGUAGAGCAGGGACCGCCUUCCUCAAUGUUGUCUGGCUUCCCAUUGGCUGCAGGAAGCUCCUGCAGCCAAUGGGAAGCUGUGCACGCCUCCUGUGCGCCGGAAGGAGCGCCGGAAAUAGCGUUUGUGUGUGCAUGCGCACUCCAGCCCACUGCGGCAUCUGCGGGACAGUGAACCAGCCCAUGCCACAAAAACUUAGCCAACCCCUGCCCUGGAGUGACCUGCAGGAUCACUCCCUAUGAAUCAAAAUCUGAGUGUUGGUAGCUGCCCUUGUAGAGCGGAUAUGGUGAAAAACCCAUUACUCGUACUGAGCGCCUCUGAUGGAGAAUAGCUCUUCGCUAUCUGUUAGGGACGCUUAAUUAUGAGUUUGCAAAGCAUUGUGAAACCAAAGUCAACCUAGUUGCUGUGCGGUUUUUGUUUUUAUUGUUUCUGCACCGAGUCCAGAGCCUUCACUUCUGUUCAUUUGCAAUUUUGCUGCACCAACUGCUACAAUACACCUUUUAUUAUGUGUAUAUGUCUCUCUCUGUGUUGGUGUGAUACACACAUACAGGUGCUCAUAUACAUAAUACAAUCUAGAGACAUAUUUAUAUUGACAAGUCUAGUUUUAUUGCAAUAGACUAAGACCUGGUGACAAAAUAUUUAAAAUGUUGCCUUUUAACACGCAGUUCCUAAAAGAGAGAAAGAGAUGAAGAAGAUGAAAAUAAUGUAUGUACAGGUUUUGAAAUUUGUAAAAAAUAAAGAAAAGAAAAUGAAAUGCAAAAUUUUAAAAUACUGACUGUUCAGAAGAGGUUGUGUAACUAACGGCAGCACGAUACUUGAACUCUUUACGCCUCCCUUGCAAUUUCAGUGCUGGUGAUAUGUAUAAAAGCAUACGAGAACUGUAUGACAGGCCAUAAACUUGAAGUUCCCCUGGGAUAAGAGUACAAGCCACUGUACAUUUUUUUUUAAAAAAAUGUAUUUAAAUUUGCAGAUACACUGUUCUAUAUGUAAGGUACUGUAUGUAAAGCUGUUUAUUAAACUAUUCUGCAUACUCUGCAUCCUUUCACUCUUCA